GCACGACCCGGGAGCGGCCGCCGAGACCCGUGAGGGCAAACCAGUCGUCGGGAUGGGACUUCGGCGGGUAGGUACAGGCAGAGCCGCACACCUUUGGGCCCCCCUCAGGCUCCGCGGAAACGCGAGGGAGGCGGCUUUCGGAGAAGCCGGCAUAGUGGGGACGGCGGCGGCCGACUCUCCUCCUCCACCUCCUCCUCCUCCUGGGCUGCUCUUCCUCAGGCCGGCCAGGGAGCGGCGCUGCUUCCCCGCGGGCGAGGCGGCCGAGCCAGGCGCACGCUCUGCCCGAACCCUCCUUCCCUGAGAGCCUGAGCAGCCGCCGCCGGGACUGAGGCCGCCGCCGCCGCCGCGGUGGGGGGAGGGAAGGCGAGCGAGUCGCCGAGGCAGGGCGCCGGCCGUCGUCGUCGUCUUCGGAGCGAGAGCGGCAGCCCCUUCCCGCGCCUCCCUCCACGGCUCCAGCCGCCCACGGAGGCCGCUCGAUGCUGCACCUUCCGGAGCUGCAUGAGGUAACAACAACAGCCCGGCGGGCGGGCGAGUGAGAGAGCGAGGCAGCCGCCCCUGGGGUCCGGGUCUCUUGUUGCUGCCGCUGCUGCCGCUUGCUCGCCGCCUUCCUCCCCGGCUCUCCCCGCCGGCGUGGCGGGUUUCGACCAGCCGGGAAGACCCUCUGGGCCGGAGCCGGGCGUUUACACGAGGCGAGGGGCUGCAGGAGGGGGUCCUGAGGUGGAAGUUGAGAGAAGUGGAUGGAGAGUGGCCUGCGCCCUCCCCUGAGGGAAGCGGCGCCGUCCCUGAGGCGGGGAGGCCAGGCCCGGCCAGGGAGGGGAAGAGUUUUCAGAUUUGGCUGGGCGGGGGGGAUAUGGGGUGGCCGGCUGGGGCUGCGUUGUUUUCGGGGUCCCCCCUCCGCCUGACUCCCUUUCCUCCCCUCCUCCGGUCGGCUUCCCUGUCUCCUGAUAGUUUUGAGGCCUAACAGUUUAGGCCUCGCCUCCUGGCUUCGGUGGAAGAAGUGCCUGUCUCGGGAUCGGCUCUAUUUCUCUCUCCUCUCCGCAGACCCGUUUCUCGCCCGGGCGCGGAGAGGCGAUCUUUCAAUCUUUUCUUUAUUUUUUUGUUUUUUUUUUAAAUGUUAACAUUUCAUUGUGAACCGCGAGGCAGCCAAAGUAAUCGUGUUGGGCUUCGGAGCAGCCGCCCAAUGAAAGGUGUCGGGAGGGAGAGCGCUGGGCUGGACGUAGCGUGGGGAUCCGGGGAGACCACGGUCCUGCGGACUUUAAGCCCUCGGCCUCGCCGCUGCGAAACACAGGGGCCUUCUUUUGAAUCGAGGUUUAGAAAUGGGGGAGGGAAGGGGAAAAAAGGUUCGGAAAGUCGCCUCUAUUCCGCUGAACUUUUGUUUUCUGACCGAUAGGGGCCGGUAGAGGACUGUGGAGAAGGAAACUUUAUAACCAGCAGCACUAGGAUGGAUUUCCCAUCCACCCAACCAAAGCCUCCUGCCGACGGCAAAAUCAUCUUCUACCCUCCUGGAGUUAAGGAGAUCACAGAUAAAAUAACGAACGAUGAAGUAGUCAAACGUUUGAAGGUAAGAUGUUGUUCUUCGUUUUAAAAUACGCCCUUCAUCAUGUUUUCUUCUGCGCUCUUCCCAUUGCUCUUUCUCCCACCCAUUGUCUUAUUGGCUUUGAGCAAGCGAAAGGUUUCAGAUGUUAUUGUCACAGUGAUUCAUCUUGCUUUGUUGCUUAGGGAUUGUGCUCUUGUUUUACUCUUGUACCUGCAGCUUUACUUUCAUUUUCAAGAGUGUUGUGGGAUGCUAGUAUAAUUUUUUUGAGAUAGGACGCUUAUGAUCCUUAAAGCUAGUAGAAAAUCUCUAAAGUUUAAAGGCGAGAGAAGACUGUUUAUAUAACUUUUAAGAACUCUUGUUCUAUUUUUUUCAGAAAUGUGGCAUAGCUCAAGCAUUGCUUGGCUGACAAGCUGUUACAUAAAAUUAUUUCUAGUUCCUGCUGAUUGUAAAAUAGCUGUUUUUUCACAAAGUCACUAUAAUAUUUUGAGAUGCUGAUGGGAUACAUUUAGGAAUGCUUUAUAUGUUGUCACAUCUAAGGAAGUAAUUGCUGAAUGUAGAUGUUCUUGAAUCAUAUAUUGGGGCUCCACAGAUCUCUUCAGAGUCUUGCCAAUGACAGCUACUCCUUCCAAAGUUUCUGAUCAGUUGCAGUUAAUAUUGGGAAGGGGAACAAUGAAUCUUCCUGCUUAUUUUUGUAGAGUCCCCCCCUUCCUUCUGCAAAAGCCUGUGUGGUGUUGGGAUGUCACACACUUCACUAAAGAGAGUGGGAAGUGAGGGUGAGAUCAUUCAUUGAAAGGCUACAGGAAAGAUCAUUGAUGGACUGCCAUAGGAAUGUUGGUAAGGUAGCAGGGUCUUGGUUCUUAUGUCAACCAGGAUGCAAUCCAGUGUAGCCUUUAGCUCCAAUGAAGAGGGAUGCAUGGGCUUGGUUAUCAAGGCAACUGGACAUGUAAGCAUUCUGCUUCCCUAAGAAGGGAAAGAGACAGUGGUUUGGGCAAUUGAGUUGCAGUCCUCUGGACCUACAAGCUCUGGGAAACUUUCAGGCAUUAAGUUUCUGGGAAGGCAACAUGUCAAUUUCAUUAACACACUGUGAGUAGAUUUAUUUAUUUUUUGUAGUUUUAAUGUGAGUCUGUUCUUACAUUGCAACAGUGAAAGACUGCAAUAGCCAGAAGAAACAAACACUGUGUAUAUUAUGUCAUCAUGGUAAAGUCUCCCUUUGCGCAGUAGUCUGGUCAGGAUUUUGGUAGUAGUUCAUGUAUAUCCAAGUGCUGUCAUAGUUAAUACUAUAUUAUAGUUAAUACUAUAUUAGAAGGAAGCCAAUAUGUUUCACCCUGGCACCAUCAUUUGAUGUUUUGCCUGCAUUCUGUUUUGCCCAUACUGUAUUCUGAAAAGUUUUGAGAGAGCUGCCAAUGAGGUAGUUUAAUAGUGCUAGUGGCAAACGGAAGAGAAAACACUAUCUUGUCGUUAGUUACAGAUUACAUGGACAGUGAAAUGUGUAGUUUGUAUGUUUCAGUUUGGUUUUAAUUAAUCCCAAAUAAGUAUAUUUCAAAAUAGAAACCAUGGGUCUGUCCUGACCGCCUUUUAAACAAUUAAAUUAACUUGUAACAGAAUAGUCCUCAAAGCUGGAGCAAAUACAGAUGCUUAAAAUGACAGUUGGUCUUACAUUCAUAUUGUAGCUAUUGUUUAUCAAUAUCUUCUGUUAAUGUUGUAGUUGGACACUUUAACUAGGUAGCAUUACUGUGCUUGCAUGUCUCUAGAAAGUGGCCCUGAAGUUUAGCUCUUGUAUCAUCUUGUUGCUAAUGCUGAUCCUCUUCCACUCUUCAACAGUUUACAGUAUCUUUGGCAUGUUGUCUGGUUUCCAUACUAAUUUUGGACAAGUGAGGGAGUUUUCUGGUGAAGUUAAAGUGUUUCUAUGUCUUUCCUGCAAAGUUCUGCUGUGUUGGCUCCUUCCAUAAUUUUUAACUCUUGAUAAAAUUAUUGGUUCUCUACUUAGCAACCUGCUAAGAUGUGUUUGUUUUUUUAAUAAAUUUCCUUUUGCUGACCUGUGGUUCUGAUAUAACUGUGGCCUGACUUACUAUGUUCCCAUUCCCAAGGGCAAUGAAAUUUUGAUCCCUACAUGUCCAGGUUCAGCCAAUAAUUCUGAAGUUUAAUUUAGACUGGAAAUGAGCCAUGGCAAGACUUGGCUGAUUUGCUUUCUGUCUGUUCUGCCCUUCCUUUGCACAUAAGAGGAGAGUGGAAGCUGCAGGUGGAGAGCCAAUAUGUUGUGGUGGUUAAUGUGUCAUAUUUGGGCUAGGUUCAAAUUCCCACUCAAUGACCUUGGGUCAGCCAGUCUCACUCAGUCGAACCUAAUUCAGAAUGUUCUUAUGAGGAUAAAAUGUUGAGGAGCCAUGUACACUUUGAUCUCCUUGAAGAAAAGUUGGUUUAUUAAAUGAAACAAUAAAUAAACAUAGCUCAGUUGGUAGAGCAUGAGACUUAAUAUAAGAGUCGGGGGUUCGAUCCCCAUGUUGGGCAAAAGAUUCCUGCAGUUGUCACUUCCAACUCUAAAAUUCUUUGAUUCAGUUUAGUAAUUUCACAUGGCAGUUUCCCUUUGCAGUUUCUUGGAAGAGAAUGGUAAUAGAUUCAUGUAGGUAGCUGUGUUGGUCUGACGCAGUCAAAAUAAAUAAAAAAUUGUCCAGUAGUGCCUUAGAGACCAACUAAGUUUGUUCUGAGUAUGAGCUUUCGUGUGCAUGCACAGUUCUUCAGAUACUUCAGAUUCUUCAGGUAUCUGAAGAAGUGUGCAUGCACACGAAAGCUUAUACUGUACCCAGAACAAACUUAGUUGGUCUCUAAGGUGCUACUGGAGAAUGGUAAUGGUCUUGUUGGUGGCGAAGUAGCCUGAGGGAUUGAGACAAUCUUCCACUGCUUUCUGAAUGUUGACAGUUCUGAUACCAGAUUUCUGUCCUUUUAUUCAUCUGUGUAAGUGACUGUCCAGUUUUUCUUACGUAAAAAAGAGGCAGUCAUUGCAGUUUGGAAGAUGAGUGGGUGAAUGAGUUCCUGAUGUUCUCGCUGGUUCUGUUGGAUAUUAUGUUGACAAAAUGAAAAUGAAAACAGAGUUUGCAUCUGGUGGUCCUUGUGUUUGCAUUUCUGUUGUGUUACCUGUGGUAAGUAGUUUUAAAAAGGAUACGUCCUGUAAGCAAGGACACUGGCAUGUUCUGGGUGGAAGUCAGAAACAUGCAGAUACAUGUAAACACCAGUGAGUUUAUUUCAUAAGAUGGUUCUUACAUGCUCAGUGUAGCUGCACAGUAGCGUUCUAGAAGUAAGCAUUCUGCAGGCACUGGCCCAGGGUCAGGCUGUUGAUGAUUGAAAACUGUUGAAAUCCAGAGGGAAUUUUUCAAGGUCAUCCUGCCUUUAGGUCCAGAUGAUGAUGUCAUAUGACAUGAGCUGAGCAAAAAUAAUUUAAGUCAGCCAUCAAAAUGUUGGCAUACUUUUGAGCAACACUGGUUGAUAACGUUAGCAUUGCCAGUGACAUGAAGAUUCAAGUUCUCAACUAAGUUAAAUUGUUGGUGAGAACCAGUCUUGAAACAAACACCCCAACUUGCUACUCCAUGUGCAGAUGAUGAAAUUGGGGUCAGCAAUUUCACAAGAAGCAUUUGGGAGAAGGAGAAGCACAGCGUGUGGUGCUUUUGUUUUGUUUUGGCUUGACUAUGGUUUCUCUCCCCGUCCCCAACUACCCCACUCCUUUGCCACUCUCUACCUAUUUGCAGGAUCUUGAUAAAUACAAUGCAUUGGGGAUAAGGUUUGUGAAGGUUUGAGGAAGUUGUGAGUGCUGAAACUCUUUUUGAUUCCUUAGGAUAAGGUAGCAAGCCUACUACAUGUGUGGAACUUUCCCUUGUAGUACUCUGAGCAGAGAGUUUUGUCACACUGUUGAGUUAGAUUACUGUUCUGUAUACUCUAUAGCAGCCUUUCUCAACCUUGGGUCCCCAGAUGUUUUUGGCCUACAACUCCCAUCAUCCCUAGCUAGCAAGGCCAGAGUUCAGGGAUGAUGGGAGUUGUAGUCCAACAACAUCUGGGGACUCAAGGUUGAGAAAUACUGCAUGCCUUCCGCACAUAAUCAGAGGCACUCUCCUAUAUUGUUACUUUGCAUGUUCCAGGCUUUCUGGCUUAAAUUAUGUCUGUUAAAGAUGAACAUGAAAGAAUUGUAUUAAAGGAAAAGGCAGGCAUAUGAGAGGAUGGGUGGGUGGGUGUAAGAUGCAUGGCACAAGGAAUGUGUGGCUAAAAGGCACAGGAAACACAAGCAUUAAAGUUUGUGUAUUUUGUUAAUCAAAGACAUGCAGCUGUAGGAAAUGGUAAUUCUACUAACUGAAAUGAUGAAAAGAUAGAAAAUGUGGAAAAGGGGUAAUUGUGCAUGCUUGAGUUAGGUGGUUAAAAAAGUAAAUUAUAUGGCUAGAUAUAUCUCAUAAAGGAUGUCACGGAGAAAUGUAUUGGUAAGACAUGGUAGUGUGGUACAAAGGAAAUGUGUAUGCACAUAAAAUAAUCAUGGGAACCAUAUACAGGCAAGUCCAAAUUUGUGUGGGGGUUGCAUUCUGGGUCAACGUGUGCGACAGCAGAGUGCGUAUAAGUUCAUUCUGUUCUGCCCCCUUUUCCUGCCACUUCUGGGUUUGUGAUGAUGUGUGUGUGCUUUGAACAUGUACAAAAUGGUCAUUGUCUGUAUGUGGUAAAGAAACAUAACUAGGAGCAAUCCAUUUUUCACAUUUUAGUUGAGAGUUUUCUGGGCUGUUAAACAUCUGCAUUUUAGUAGUUGCUGAUUGCUUUAAUCGAGAAAGACUUAUUAACAAUACUAUCACUUGUUCCAACUGUGAAUGGCAAUGUUAAAUGCAAUUGAUUAGCAGUUCAUAAUCAGCUAUUUAGAUAAUAUUUCUAAGGAAUUCAGAGCUUAAUUUCAUGUCUCAGUUGAUGGGGGUAAUAUACUUUCUGUUGAGCCUGGCUCAGUUUUAAUGCUGGCUAUCUAAUUUAAUUCCUCAGACCUAAAAAUGAAAGUCAUGUGAUUCAUUAUUAUGCCAAUAGUGCCAUGUGGUAAUGGUAAACAUUUGUUGCUUAUGGACACUCAAUUCUCAGGACUUACUGCAUUCUACUGCAACUAGUUGUUUUUUCACAAGACUUAUAGAAAUUAGAGUAUGUUGUAUUUUUGUAGAUGAUUGAACAAUUUACCACUAAACAGUCAAUUAAUAGACUACUUAACUCACUAAACUCUUUCUGCAGUUCUUCUAAAUGUGUUUGUCAUGCAGGGGAUUCCUUUAGGGGCUAGUGUCCUAGUUACAGGAGGAUUCAGCCUUUCACCAAAGGUACUCACCCAAUGUACAAGCGUUUUAAAUGCAGCAAAGUCCAAACAAACCAGGUUCAGGCACUGAGGGUCAGCCUAGGUCCAACAGCCCAAGGUCAAUAUUUCAGGAAGCUCUUCUAGGCUGCAGUGCAGGGAGAUUAGAAUCAAAACAAGGAGGCAGAGGUCCAGUCUCAUGGGUUCAUCUUUAGGUACCAGCCCUGAGGGCACCUCAGAAGAAUCCUCAGCAUUGGAUUCAGGGGACUCAGCUUGCUCUUCAAGUUCCUUGAUUUUUAAGGGGUUUGGUUCAUUCACUGGGAACUCUGUGCCUUGGUACAACGUCAGGGCUAGGUAUACCAGUGUUCCAGUCACAAACUUUUUGCAUGUGCUCUCUGAUAAGAAUAUAGAUAGAUAUCUGUAACUUCUCUCUGGUUUAUUCCCCCUCCCUCCCAUCUGUAAUAAUUUAAAGACAAGACUUGGGAGAAUAAAUGUGGACCAUUCAUAAAGUCACCAUUAUCAAUGUUUAAUAUUCCAGUGUUGGAGAUUGAUGUGCAGAGCAAUGUCAGCUAUGAAACAGGCUCCUAGCUAGUCCCAUGUUAGGAGAAGUGAAGUGUAAACAAGUAGAACAGAGUGUGGAUGACCGUCUUCUUACUUGGAAGUUGUGUUCAUUUUGCAUUAGUCAGCCGCCUGAUUUUCGGUGGGACAGAACACUAGUCUGGAAGUAAAAACAUCUUGAUAAUAUUUGUGCGUAUGUGCUUCUGAAUAGAUUAUUGAUUGUGAGCUUCAUUAUGUCAUUGGUCCUGAAGGAAAUGCUUUUAGACUAAUUCAUUUGAGUCUUUGAGGUGUACUGGAAAUGAAAGUAUUUCAUCAGCUAUAUAAGAUAUUUAUUAAGGUUUUUUUUAAAAAUAUUACAGUAGAAAUGAAAAAGAAAAGAGAAAAAUACAAAAUAAAAACAGUUAAAAACACACAUAUUUUCAAUUACUUAUUUUCCUUUAGCUUGUUUCCCGGACCUCCUCGUACCUCCCUUUUUUGUAUUCCACUUCGAUUUGUUGGUUCAGCAAAUCCUUACCAUUAGAAUUUAACCCAUUUAUAACCCUUUUUUUCAUAUUCUCUUAAAGCAUUACAGCUAGAAACCGCUUAAUUACUAUCCAACAUCAUUCUAUCAUUCAUUAAUUUUACAAUAUUUCUGUAAAUAGUCUUUAAAUUUCUUCCAAUCUUCUUCCACCGACUCUUCCCCCUGGUCUCAGAUUCUGCCAGUCAUUUCUGCCAAUUCCAUAUAGUCCAUCACCUUCAUCUGCCAUUCUUCCAAAGUGGGUAGAUCUUGUGUCUUCCAAUACUUUGCGAUAAGUAUUCUUGCUGCUGUUGUAGCAUACAUAAAAAAAGUUCUGUCCUUCUUUGGCACCAAUUGGCCGACAAUGCCCAGAAGAAAGGCCUCUGGUUUCUUCAAGAAGGUAUAUUUAAAUACCUUUUUCAGUUCAUUAUAUAUCAUUUCCCAGAAAGCCUUAAUCCUUGGGCACGUCCACCAAAGGUGAAAGAAUGUACCUUCAGUUUCUUUACAUUUCCAGCAUUUAUUAUCGGGCAAGUGAUAGAUUUUUGCAAGCUUGAUUGGGGUCAUGUACCACCUGUAUAUCAUUUUCAUAAUAUUCUCUCUUAGGGCAUUACAUGCCGUAAACUUCAUACCUGUGGUCCAUAACUGUUCCCAGUCAGCAAACAUAAUAUUAUGUCCUACGUCUUGUGCCCAUUUAAUCAUACCAGAUUUCACCGUUUCAUCCUGAGUAUUCCAUUUCAACAGCAAGUUAUACAUUCUUGACAAAUUCUUAGUUUUGGGUUCUAACAGUUCUGUUUCUAGUUUUGAUUUUUCCACCUGGAAGCCAAUUUUCUUAUCCAAAUUAUAUGCCUCCAUUAUCUGAUAAUAAUGAAGCCAAUCUCUCACUUUGUUUUUUAGUUUCUCGAAACUCUGCAAUUUCAAUUUGUCUCCUUCUUGUUCCAAAAUUUCCCAAUAUUUCGGCCGUAUUUCAUCAGCUAUAGCAACAUUCCUGUCAUAUGCACAGAAGUAAUUAUAAUGGCAAACUUGCAUGUGCAGCAGCAUCACUGUGAUAGUCUCCUGGCAACAUAAGCAAAAGCGGCAAAAAGCAAGCAGGGUCCCUAAAGACUGAACAUAUGCAGCAGCCAUAUAUUUGGAGUGAAAACUGCAUUAAAUUGUUCAGCUUCUGUGAUCUUUUAAGUCAUUGUCUUUAUCAUAGUCUGCUUUCUGAAAACACUGAGUGUUAUUAAGUGCUAGUCCUACUCAGAGUAAAUCUAUUGAAAUUAAUGGACAUGGCUAACUUGGAUUCAUUAAUUCCCACGGGUCUUCUCUGAGUAGGACUUAGUUGAUUGCAUCUCUCUUUUUUUAAGGCAGCUUUGAGGUAACUCUCUGAUAGUAACAAUGUGAACAACAACCUAUGUUUUAGCAUGAAAUUACAGAUAUAUCUAGGAUGGUAUACUUAAUGUAAAUAAGUAUAUAGGGAAUUUUCUAUUUUGUCUACCGCGUCUGCCCCUUCAUGCUGAUGUAGUACAUGUUGCAUAUGUUAUUUUUGCUGUCUGGUCUUUGACCGCAAUAAAGAAUGAUUAAUUGAUACUUAAUAUGGAUAUCAUUUUAAAGUACUUGCUUACAUUUGGUCUUCAAAAAAGUUUGGUAAAUGCAAUAAUUUUUUCUUUAUAAGAAAUAAGACCAAAAAAGAAGGAAAAUAGAUUUGUUUAAAAAUAAAUCUUCAAAUGACAUAAGGCUAUAUCACUUCAGUUGAUUAAUUUAACAUUCAUCUGACAAUAGCAUGUCAUAUAAAAAUGCAAUGAAAUUGACAGUAAGGGCAACAAUAAAGGGAUGUACUAAAUUCAAAACAGGAGCUUCAACAGUUACAUGUGCCAGUUAUUUGUGUACAAAGUUUCCCUUCCGAAACAUGGGAACUUAACAAAAAUGGAAAAUGAUCUCUUACCUAGCUGAAAUAUGUAACUUGGGUAUUAAAUAUAGCAUGCACCAUAUUUAACAAAAUAUAAAUUCAUUACAGAAGUGUUCAAGGAAAUCCAGACCUUUAAUGAUAAAUUUGGCACUGAGCCAAUAAGCCAUCCAUGCCGUAGGUCAAAACCUGACCCACAUUCUUGAUCUGUUGUGUUUUUGGCACAAGUUGAUACAGCUACUGGUUUCAACAGCUGGUACAAUGAAGUAAGCAAAAAUAAAAAUGUUAUUUUCCUGAUGCAGUGAUGGAGUCUUCAUUCCAGCUAUUGAAGUUUUCUUAUGUUGGGAAGAGUCAGGGGAAAAUAGAAAAAAUAAUAGUAUUUUCUUUUAAACCAUGUGACAGGACCUUUCAUAUACCAAAAGUUAAAGUAGUAUACCAGAUUGAUUGAUUGAUUCAUUCAUUCAUUGAUGAAGUUUAAUGUUUUGUAUCUGCUUCUAAUCUAUUUUCCUACAUUGAUGUUGUGUUGCAGUUAGGAAAGAGCUAAGCAAAAUAUUAGCAUGGAUUAAACCAGGCAUAGGCAAACUCAGCCCUCCAGAUGUUUUGGGACUACAACUCCCAUCAUCCCUAGCUAACAGGACCAGUUAUCAGGGAUGAUGGGAGUUGUAGUCCCAAAAAUAUCUGGAGGGCCGAGUUUGCCUAUGCCUGGAUUAAACUGAGAUGUUAGUCUAGUGAAGCCUAACAAUAUUCUUGUUCUUCAUCUCCAAUUAAGCUUGACUUAAUAUUCUAAGGCUGUUGUCAUAUGUACACUUACUAAAAUUAAAGGAACAGCAGUUCUGAGUUGACAUCAUUUGGAAGACAAAAGACAGUAGCAAGGACAAGGUUAGGAAAUGCUUCCUGAAUAAUUUUGGAUGCCAUGUAAUUUUAUUUGUGGGCCUUUGAUCUACAAGGGAGCCAAAGGUGUGAAAAAAGUGGAAUAUAAUAUUGCACUGAAUGAAUUAUUUACAUCUGUCUUCACAGUGAGAUCCCCUUGCCUUUCACAGGAAGUGAGUUUGAGGAGCUAAGACAAAUAGUCACGACGAGACAAAAUCCUAGGCCUUAUUGACAGAAUAAAAACUGACAAAUAACAGGGUCCAGAUUACAGCCAUCUGAGAGUUCUUAAAGAUUUCAAAAGUGAAAUAGCUGAUCUUUUAAUAAAAAUAUGUAACUUGUCUGUAAUAUCAGCUUCCAUACCUGAGGGUUGGAAAUGCAGGGCCUUUUUUCAGGGGGAACUCUCCAGAACUCAGUUCCGGCACCUCUUCAGUGGGUGCCAUUGCCAUUCUAAGAGAAAGAGAAAGGCAUUCAUGGUGAGUUCCAGCAACUCUUUUUCCAGAAAAAUAGCGCUGUGGAAAUUUAAUCCCAAUCUUUUAAAAGGAAUUAUGGGAAGGUCCUGUUAUAGAGAGUAGAAAUAGAUGGAUAGUUCUUUCAUUAAACGGAUGUAAUAAGUGGAGUCCCCCAAGGAUCAGUAUUGGGGCUGUUUCUUUUUAAUUUGUUCAUAAAUUGCUUGGAUUUAGAAGUGAGCAAUGAAGUAGCCAGAUUUGCUGAUGAUACCAAAUUGUUCAGGGUGCUAUUGUUUUUUACUGCAUCUAGCAAUGUUUGUGGCUUUAUAAACUGCUUUGGAUAAAUUAGUUCUUAAAUUGAAAUUGUGUCACUUACAGACCUUGGUGUGUCUUUAUAUGUAGAACCUUUGGUGCUGUCCCGCCUCACAGUUACCCAGGAAUCUUUGCUGUACAGGACCCAGGUGCUGCUUAUUGUAGUAAAAGCUUAUCUGCAGUAAAAAGCUAUUUGAACUUAAGGCCCGCUUCUUACUAAAGUGGUAAACCAGUACCACUUCAGACUACAAGUGGGUGCUCUCAUGACUGAAUGCUUCUGGACACAUUUAGGCUUCUAUGUACAGGGAGCUUUGUGUAAUGGAAAAGAUUUCUAGUAUAGCCUUCUGCAUGGCAUGCAGCAUUCAGGGAGGCCACAUCUACACUCUGGAGUGAAACUCCUCAGAGUUGGGCUUAACCACCCAGCAAGAUAAAGUGGCAGAAUAGUUCCUGAUAGCAAAUGGGUAGGCACCCACUUUUCUCUCAGUUUUUGGAUGUGAAGUGUGUAUUCAAAAUACUUUCUUACAGUGGUGCCUCGCAAGACGAAAUUAAUUCGUUCCGCGAGUUUUUUCGUCUAGCGAAUUUUUCGUCUUGCGAAGCACGAAAUCCCAUAGGAAUGCAUUGAAAUUCAAUUAAUGCGUUCCUAUGGUCAAAAAAAGUCCAAACAAAGCCAAAUUUGGUACAACAAGAGUUUAUUAAGUGCUCUUUAAAGUCACACAUACUGUAAAGAGCAUUUCAAAAAUUGAAGGAACAAUAAAUUAAGUUUCUAAACAUGACAGAAAAACAUUUAAAAAUCAACAAAGUGUACAGUACAUUUUCUAAGACUCUGGGGGACAACUCGAAGAAGGUUCCUCUUCCACUCUUUGCUUCUUGCUGAAGAACCUGUCCAUGGUCUGCUGCUUCAUCCGCCUUUUCAGCACCUCCCUGAAAGGCAACAUGACCCUCGUAUCAAAAGUGUUCGCAAGGUCAUGUACCACGUGCUUCUCAGGGUGGUGCCGCUGUGCAAAAGCCUGCACAUCCUUCCACUUCAGGCAAAUGUCCCUCAGUUCUUUGGAGGACAGACGUUCCUCAGUUGCUUCCUCCUCUUCCAGCGAGGCCUGCUCCUGCGCAGCCUCUGCCUGCAGUUCGACCAGCUCCUGGGUGGUCAGCUCGUGGUCGUGCUCCUCCACCAGCUCGCUGAUGUCCUCCUCUGUGACCUCCAGGCCCAUGGUCCUCCCCAAGGCAACAAUGUCCUGCACCACUGUUGACUCUGGUGCAUCAGAGUCACUUGGUGCCACACAGUCCGGCCACAGGCUGCGCCAAGCGCAAUUCAAAUUUCUCUGGCUGAUCCCGUUCCAGGCCGUGGUGAUCAUCUUCAAGCAGGUGACGAUGUCGAAGUGGUCCUUCCAGAAUUCCCGCAGGGUGAUGGUGGUGCAAUCAGUCACCUCGAAGCAUCGCCUGAAAAGCUCCUUGGUGUAGAGAUUUUUGAAAUUGGCGAUGACCUGCUGAUCCAUCGGCUGGAGCAGUGGCGUGGUGUUAGGCGGCAGGAACAUGAUGCUGAUGAAGCUGAACUCCUCCAACAAGUCCUCCUCAAGGCCUUUAGGAUGAGCAGGAGCAUUGUCCAUCAGAAGCAAAGCCUUCAGCGGCAGGUCGUUGUCCAGCAGGUACUGUUUGACAGCAGGGCCAAAAGCAAGAUUGACCCAGUCCACAAACAGCACACGUGUGACCCAAGCCUUACUGUUGGAUCGCCACAUGACACUCAGCUGCUCCUUGUCGACCUUGUGUUUCUUGAAGGCCCGUGGGUUCUCCGAGUGGUACACCAGCAGGGGCUUGAUCUUCAGGUCGCCGCUUGCGUUGGCACAGAAGAGCAGGGUCAGACGGUCCUUCAUGGGCUUGUGGCCAGGCAACUUGGCCUCCUCCUGUGUGAUGAAAGUCCUUUUGGGCAUCCUCUUCCAAAACAGCCCGGUCUCGUCGCAGUUGAAGACCUGCUGUGGAACGUAGCCCUCCGUCUUCACAACCUCCAGGAACUCCGCUGCAAAGUCUUCAGCCGCAGAAACAUCAGAACUGGCAGCCUCUCCAUGCCUGACCACGCUGUGGAUUCCAGAUCUUGUCUUGAACCGGUCAAACCAGCCUCUGCUUGCCUUGAAGACUUCUGGCUCGCCUGAGGUUCCUGGCUGUUCCCGGACGAGGUCUGCGUGCAAGGCCUUGGCCUUCUCACAAAUGACGGCCUCAGUCACUGUGUCCCCUGCACGCUGCUUCUCUUCUAACCAGAUGAGCAGCAACUUCUCCACCUCCUCCAGAACAGCUGGGCGGUUCUUCACGAUCCUGGUGACUCCUUUGGCUGCAUCAGUCACAAGGAUCUUCUCCCUCAUCUUCAGGAUGGUCUCGAUGGUCGAUGGGAUUCCUCCCGUACUCCCUGGCGAGGUCUGUCACACGCAUUCCACAGUCGUGCUUCCGGAUGAUCUCCUUCUUCAUUUCCAGCGUAACCUUCUCCUUCUUCCCCUCGCCGGCCUCUGCAGCAGCAGUCUUCUUGGGUCCCAUGGCAGCACAGCUCCUACCUGCGCAACCCCCCCCCCCAAAAAAAUCAGUGCUUCACAUCCAAAAAAUUCAAAAGCACCCAGCCACCCAUCACACAGAAAUUCAAAUCCAGAAUUUUUUUUAAAAAAACAGCAGAGUGGCCCAAUGGUCACAGAAAAUCAUAAAAAUGCAGGAAAAAACCACACAAGCUUCCAGAUUCUUGCAAACCCCUCCUCAACUGUUCCCCCAGCCACCCACCACACAGAAAUUCAAACCCAGAAUUUUUUAAAAAAAACAACAGCAGAGUGGCCCAAUGGUCACAGAAAAUCAUAAAAAUGCAGGAAGAAACCACACAAGCUUCCAGAUUCUUGCAAACCCCUCCCCAACUGUUCCGCCAGCCACCCACCAUACAGAAAUUCAAAUCCAGAAUUUUUUUUUAAAAAACGGCAGAGUGGCCCAAUGGUCACAAAAAAUCAUAAAAAUGCAGAAAAAAAACACACAAGCUUCCAGAUUCUUGCAAACCCCUCCCCAACACCAAGUCCUUGAAUUCCAAACACCCCAACCCAAAAUCCAAAAACCCCCAAAAAAGUUUUAAAAGUUUAACUUACCAAAUGGCUGCAAAAGAAGUUUUGGAAAAGCUUCAAAAAUCACCAAAGUCUUCAAAAACCUCAAAAAAGGCUACCACACCGCGUGCUAUGAGUUGCUCCUCGAAUUCAAGUCGCAACUGCACCUCUUCACCUCUGGGUAUUAACGGUUUUACGAAAAAGGAAACAAACUUGCAAGACGUUUUCGUCUUGCGAAGCAAGCCCAUAGGGAAAUUCGUCUUGUGAAGCACCUCAAAAAACGAAAAACCCUUUCGUCUAGCGAGUUUUUCAUCUUGCGAGGCAUUCAUCUUGCGGGGCACCACUGUAUUAUCCUUCGUCUUAUAGUUUCCCUUGGGAUUUGGAGGAAGAUAUUUUUAGCACUACAGAGUACCCCAUUUAGUCUUACAGUAAUGGAUCAAGUACAGUGCAUGCUAGCACAUGAGUCACUAAGUAUUUUACCUACUUAAUUACUGCUUACUGCUAAUUUAUUUCUAUUAAUUUCAUAAUCAUUGUGUCCUUGAUUAUGAAAAAAAAAAAUAAGAGUAGUCUUACCAAGCCAUUUAUGAGUGCCAACAGCAAUUAAACUUUCAAAUAGAAUAGAAAGUCUUCUUAAUGGAUCUCCUCUUCUGCCCAUAUGUGAUAGGACAGUGUGUUCUCCUUUCCCGAGUAUGACCUGUCUGAACACCAGUAUGCAGGGGUGUUUUUUUUGUUUUGUUUUUUUGGAAAACAGUACAAAGUUUUAUCCAUGCAAGUUUUAGGAUCAUGUGUAACACUGCAGCCCUACUGAUGCAACAUAUUUCUGUGCAACAGAGCUUCCACUUUCUGUCCAGUCCAGCCUCUUGCUUGCCCUCAAAGUCUGCUCCUAAGGGUUUGGGGACCCUCUGGAGAAGAUGUAGGGGGUGCAUGAGGGGUGGAGAGGAAACAAAAGUUCCAUGUGGAACCAUGCUGGCACAGCAUUGGAUACAACCGUUAGUUUCUUUUAAUUAGAUUCAUUUAUCUAGAUUCAUUGUUAGCUUACAUACUUCCAAUAUGUGAAAAACGUAUAUAUUUGCAUAUAGGAUUUUCUUUUAAUGGAUGGCUUAAAUUAAUUUGAGGAACUUUGCAGGUUUCAUUACAGAGAUUCUCCUUUGAAUUGGAAAUUUGCACAUGCCCCAGAACUAUAUCUGUUUUGGUUUUGUUCCGAGCAAUGAGAGCAGUGUUAUUUCAAAAUAGUAUCAGAAGGCAGUGUUUCUUGAAAUAGGUUGUUCUCCCUAAAUAGUUGAUGUACAAUGUAUUUUCUUCUCCCAGAGCACCAGACUUCUCACGGAACAUAAUUUAAAUACUACUUUUGCUAUAUUUAAUGCAAAUAUAUACCUUUACUCAGGUAUAGGAAUAUACUUCCUGAAAAAGGGUGAUCUCGUUUUCAUUGUUAGAAACUCAGAUAUAUAAGCUAGGCGCCAAUGGCUCUUUACGGUCACCGAAAGGUCACCAAAAGUUGCCAUUUUGGGGCAAGACAGCUCUAAAGUCUUAUUUUUCAAAUGAUGGACCAGCGUGAUUGAGUCUCAGUUAAACAUCAGGCUAAUUUAGAUGACAACCUUGAGCUAGGUUAAGAGCUUUGAGAGCUUGAAAAGUCACUUGAUACAGGGACAAUCCACAUAUAUCUUGGCCUUUUCCUACAUCUUUUUCUUGAUGGUGACUGCUCCUGCUCAGGCUGCACAGAAAAGCAUUUUGGUUCCAGAUAUUCAUUCAGAUUGUGCAGAUAAAAUAUACCGGUAACUGAUAGAAUUCUACAGGAAGGGGUAUUGAUGUGUGAAAACAGCCCAGAUACAAUGACUCCAGACAUGCACCUCCAGAUGGUAGAGAUGUCAGGUGCCAUCCUGGGACCCAGACAUCAUCACUUGGUCACAAGUGGUUUAAAGCCAGGUGCAAAAUGCGGCUGGAUAAUUUCAGACACUGCUCAUUAUGAAUAUGGCUGGACAGAAGAGGCAUUAAAUUACAAAGGAGAAAGGUUGUGAGCUGUGAACUGUCAUUACUAUUCAAUUUUCCCACCACUGAGUUGCAGGGAAAUUACAAGGGAUCUCUGCCCAGUGGCUAGUCAACAUAAAGUCUGGUGACUGAGAUGUCCCUUGUGGGGAAAUAUGUGGAUGUUUACCAGGAAUUGCAAAGUUAAACUAAAUCAAAUUGCCAGUAGAUUGGAUCAAAGUUUCAUUUUGCCACAAUGUUUAGUGAUUCUAUCUGCCCUCCCCCCAGUAGAAACUGAAAUGGAACCUUAAUCUAAUUUCCAGGGGAAGGGGCCUUUUGGAGGGUGCACAAUGUAGCCUUUCUGAAGUUAAAAGGUAAAGGACCCCUGACAGUUAAGUCCAGUCACGAACGACUCUGGGGUUGCAGCUCUCAUUUUGCUUUACUGGUCGAGGGAGCUGAUGUUUGUCCGCAGACAGUUUUUCCAGGUUAUGUGGCCAGCAUGACUAAGCCGCUUCUGGCGAAACCAGAGCAGCGCACGGAAACACCGUUUACCUUCCUGCCGGAGUGAUACCUAUUUAUCUACUUGAACUUUGGCUUGCUUUCGAACUGCUAGGUUGGCAGGAGCUAGGACCGAGCAGCAGGAGCUCACCCCGUCACGGAGAUACAAACCCCCGACCUUCCGAUCGGCAAGCCCUAGGCUCAGUGGUUUAGACCACAGCACCAUCCGCGUCCUUCUGAAGUUAGUAAUGUUCAAAUAAAGGCAUGGGGGGGGGAGUGCCUGGUAUGGGUUGGGAAUCUGAGAAGCCAACAGUAACUCUCACUGAGAAUCAGUGUAGAUUUGGAAAAGUUUUGAAAAGUUUGAUCCGUCAUAUUGAUUCAAAAUGGAGUCCAGUGGUAUCCAAGCAUAUAAAAUCCUGCUUCUUAAUCUCAGGAGCCAUUGUGCCAAAUUGGGUUACCAUAUCUUGGUGAUUGAAAUUUGGCAUACUUCUUUCUUUCAGUUUUUCAAGUUCAGAAGCUGAGCGUUGUAGUGAAUUGAAGCAAACUGGUUACUUCCAGACUAAACUGUUGAUGUGCGCUCCAACUUAAUUCUGCUUUCAAGAAUUAGUAGUUCUUCGGGGAAAUUAUGAUUGAGACAUAUGUACAACCUGACACGGUAGCAGAUAUUUGUAGCACUUGCACACAUCACCUGCAAACGUGAACUUGGCAUAAUAUUUGUGAGUGGCAUACAUGUUGCUUGGGCUGUUUGCCAUUUGGCUGUUCGUUCGAAGCUAGCAGGUGAAUAGCAAAUUAUGAGGCCGUGUUAGAUUGCUUUACACACAAUUGUUGCUCAAUUACAAUAAUCACUUGGAUCGUGUAUAAUGGGGGUGGACAUUGUAGAGAGCAAACAUUAUUAAAGGGGAGAAAUAGUUAACAAAGUGUCCUGAUAUUCAAAACGUAUCUGUUUGAGUUUCUAAACAGGCAUGUGCUUAUUGCUUAAUGAGUACAUGCUGUUUUUAAAAGAAAUAUUAACUAAUCCUGUUGCAUGUCUUGAUAACAUUACAAAUUGUAAUCUAGUGAUCUACUAGUGCUUACUUAUAAUGUUUGUACUGUAUUCCCAAAUUCCUAAUAGUGCAAGAUGAGGGAGAAUUUAGUGGGUUUUUUUGUAUGUAUUUGGCUUGUGUUUUUGUGUAGGUGGGUGUUUCCCCCCACAGAACUUUGAUAUCCUGGUUUACAGAAAGCACAAAUGUCUUGUAAAAUAUUUUUUAGUAGAAAUUAAAUAAUUACAUAGUUCAACAAUCAGUAUCUACUUUAUUGAAUUCAAGUUACAAAAAAGUAAUUUACCAGUGUUAUUUAGUGCAGUUAUUCAGCAGUUAAUUCUUUAGAAAAUCUGCUAAUCUCAAUUAAGACAUAGGGGAAGGAUAGUCAAGUAGACUGUGCAUGAGACAAAUACUGCUAUUGUGGCCUUGUUGUGCAGUUGUUGUAGUUUUUCUGAUAGGACUUCCUAGUCAUCUAGAAGAUGAAUCAGAAUUAAAGGAUCAUUGACCCAUUGGUAUUUAACAUUUCUUUUCCUCUAGAAAUCAGAGCAAUAACUUGAAAGUUCAACAAACUCCAUAAAUUAGUAUUUACAAGUAGGGCUCUGCAACAAAAUAUUGUACUGUGAAGAGUUGCUGUUCAAGGUCCCAGCCACCUCAUUCUAUCCCCCCUCCCUCCUCCUGCAACAAUCAGUCAACAUUUCAUGCUUACUAAGCAUACUCUGUCCUAAUCAGGCAGUUUUGGGAUAUGUUUGCUUGUUUGUGUGUUUGUAAGGUUGAGAUGGACACUCUUGUGUUUAGUACCAGCUCUAGUAAAUUCUUUAUUUUUCAGUUGAUAUCUGUAGGUAGCUCUCUUCCAUCUCUGAGGACACUUCAAAGUAGCAUCUCAGUGUGAAUCAGAAAGUGAACUAUCAAGACAAUGAGAUGGUUCUGUCUACCCUUUGUCUAUGAUUUUCUGUCUUGUUCCAGCCAUGCAUUCUAUUCCCUUCUAUCCAGUUGUCAGUUUCCUCCCUCAGUUACUAUUAGACUAUUUUUGGGGUCUCCACUUGGGUUUUUCAUAUGAGCUUUUUUGUACUGCAGAUUUUCUGCAUACUUCAGGCCUACCCUGUGUAAUGAAUAACAGUAAAUAAUAGUAAAUAAAAGAAGCUUAACAAAUACUGAAUUGGUGUGUGUUAUAUAAACUUUUAGUGUCAAUAUGUUGAAUAAAUUGUUUAUUGCAGUAGAAGUUGGAGAGAGCAAUGCUUAAUGAAAAUUAGAAGUGUUCAUAUUUUUACUCCUAGAUGGUAGUGAAAACGUUUAUGGACAUGGACCAGGAUUCAGAAGAUGAGAAACAACAAUAUCUCCCGUUAGCCUUGCACCUUGCAUCAGAAUUCUUCCUCAGGAAUCCCAAUAAAGAUGUCCGUCUCCUUGUAGCAUGUUGCUUGGCUGAUAUCUUUCGAAUUUAUGCCCCAGAAGCACCAUAUACUUCCCAUGACAAACUCAAGGUAAACUAGUUUGCGAAUAAUCUCAACCCAUUUCAGUUGUAUAUUCAGGAAAUUCAUGGGUUGUCUCACUACAUCAAAGACUGAGACAUUAGCCUCCUUUGGACGUAAUGAUAAAAAUAUGGUUUCUCAUUAUGAGAUUAUACUGCAAUAAGUCUCAGGUUGGCAUGCUUGCCCCUCUCUAGUGCAUUUGCACAAAAGAGUUCAGAAACUUUCACUACUGUUUUGAUUCACCCUAAGCUGGUUAAUCUUAACUAUGAUUUAUAGAAACAAGCCAUUUUGUAACCCAUCAUUUGUAUUUAGCUUGUUAGUGCAAACUAUAGUUAAGAUUAGCCACCAUUUGUUCGGGUUCACAUAUAUUGACAACCUGUGGUUAAUAAAAAGUGGAAGUGGAAGCCAUGAGCAUGUCUGUGUUGGAGAACUGUGAAAGGCUUGUUGGGGCUUAUUCUUGUUAAAACCAUUGUUAAUCUGAACAAGGCCUUUGUGAAACUUCCCCAAUAGCGAGUAUAAUAUUUAUAAUAUAAAGAACUUGAACUAUACAGUUAGCAAUGUUAACAUAUCAGAGUACAUCUGUAAAACAUUAACUUCCUUUUUGUUUUGCAGGAUAUAUUCUUGUUUAUUACAAGACAGUUAAAAGGAUUGGAGGAUACAAAGAGCCCCCAAUUUAACAGAUACUUCUACUUACUAGAGGUAACUUUUUACUAGACUUUAUUUACACAUGUUAAUUCCUUGUGUCAAAGGAAUUUGGACUUGUGUAAGUUGCAGUUUAAUAGUGUAUAUGCUUGUUACAGAAACCAAACUUCUGGCUCUGAUCCUUAAUUUAUAUUAAUGACAUCCAGAUAUGUCAACCUGUGAAGCUAUUUGGAUAUUAUUAGAGCAAAAGAGUACACAUUACAUAUAUGGAUAAAUCCAUGUUUCCUGAAUUUAGAAAUUAGGGUUUUGGCCUUUUAACCGAACUGCUUAGUUGAUCAUACUGACGGACUACUUUGAAAUUUUAAUGUGUAUUAUCAACAUUUGCAUAUACAUAUUCAGAUCAAAACUAUAAUUUAAUGCUUUGUUUUUGUUAUAGAAUUUAGCUUGGGUUAAAUCUUACAACAUCUGCUUUGAGUUGGAAGAUUGCAAUGAAAUUUUUAUCCAGCUUUUUAGGACUCUCUUUUCAGUUAUCAAGUAAGUUGGAUUACUUUGACCUCUUGUGCAAUCCUUGCAUGCAACUUAAAAAUAAAAAAGAUGUCAAAAUAAUAUAAUUGCGGUUUAUGUAUUCCAGGAUUGUCUUAAAGUUUUAGUGAUCCAGGAAAGAAAUAUUACUUGAUUAAGAUUUAUUACAAUUUUAUAUUAUAAAUCAAUAUUGGCAGCACUAAAAGGAAGUACCUUAGGAGUUGCAGUUUUUCUAUUUUCUGCUAUAGUUAUAUAGCUGAGAACUGUACCUUGUCACCCAUAGCUAUAUUUAUGUUGAGAGUGUAUGUGCGCAUGCAUGUGUGUAUAUACAUAUACAGUGGUGCCUCGCAAGACGAAAAGAAUCCGUUCUGGGAGUCUCUUCGUCUAGCGGUUUUUUCGUCUUGCGAAGCAAGCCCAUUGAUGGGAUUAGCGGAUUAGCGCUAUUAGCGGCUUUUAGCGGCUUUUAGCAGCUUAUCAGCUUAUCGGAUAAGCAGAUAAGCGGCUUAGCGACUUAGAAAAGAGGGGAAAAGAAGAAAAAAAACCCAGGAACUCGCAAGACAUUUUCGUCUUGCGAAGCAAGCCCAUAGCAGAUUCGUUUUGCGAGGCACCUCCAAAACGGAAAACUCUUUCGUCUAGCGAGUUUUCCGUCUUGCGAGGCAUUCGUCUUGCGGGGCACCACUGUAUAUAUAGAGAGAGAGAGAGAUACAAAUGCUAGGUUUCAGCGUUCUACAACGAGUCUAAUGUGAUCAUUAAUGAGAACUGGAGAGGGCUUUGUUCAUUAUCUUUCCCAUUAAAUUCUGUGGGACAAAAGACCCUAGCUCUAAAUGGAAAGACAGUUGGAGGAGUGGCAAAAUUUACUUUCCCACAGAACUGGGGACAAUUUUAGUACCUCUAUUCCAGGACAGUCAUAACAUGUGGGGCCCUCAACAACACUUGACUCUCCCCCCCCCGCCUUCCCAGAGCCAGGAAUGGAGGUGCUGCGCUUUGGGAAAGAAGUGUGAGGGCUCUGGCAGGGUCCUAUAAUCCACCCACCUUUCCCCCAAAGUCUAGUUAGCACAUUCCCAGCUUUGGGAAAGAAGUGUGAGGGCUCUGGCAGGGUCCUAUAAUCCACCCACCUUUUCCCCAAAGUCUAGUUAGCACAUUCCCAGCUUUGGGAAAGAAGUGUGAGGGCUCUGGCAGGGUCCUAUAAUCCACCCACCUUUCCCCCAAAGUCUAGUUAGCACAUUCCCAGCUUUGGGAAGGAGGUGUGAAUGCUCUAGGUCUAGGACCAUGCCUGAGUCUCACACCUCCUUCUGAAAGCCUGGUGCCUUGCUUAGCCAGCUUUGGGAAGGUAGCAGGAGGGCUGGGGAAGGGGUGUCAAAUUUUGGCCUCACUCCCCCUCUCCUCUGCACAACAAGGCAGUGUGUGCAGGUUCUGUGUCAAAGUACUCUUGAGGCCUACUUCUGUCAAUCUAGUGGAAUGCUACAUUGUUUCAUUGGGAGCAAAACCUGACCAUCACCCUGACACUGGGUAGUCUCAUUCUGAAUUGACUGGGAGUCCAUUGGGAGUUUGAGUUUCUAUGCGUAAAAUAGCACAACACUCCCUCAGGAACUCUUGUAACAGAUACCCUCCUCACUUCAUUAUAAAAAUAAGAUUUAGAAUUAAUGUUGCCCUUAAAGGAGACAAGACUGUUAAAGUAUACAAAGCUGUAUUGAGGCAGUGUGAUUUGAGGGAAUAAACAGAGGAAUGAUUAGUGUGGUGUAACCUCCAUCCAAGAUACUUCCCCGCAUGGUAUAUUGGUCAGGGAGAGGUCAUCAUGUGACCGAUUGUGACUCAACUUAGGAGGAAAAUAUCAGUUACAAUGACCUAAUUGCUUUUAUUAACAGAUAUAUGUUAAAGGAUGUGAGAUUUAAUUGUGUCAUUUAGUAACAAGGAUCUGUUAUUAGUUGGUUAUAUUGGUACUGCUAAAUUAAUGUAUUCUAAUUUUGAUGUUAUAUUUAGCAAUAGCCACAACCAGAAAGUACAAAUGCACAUGCUAGAUUUGAUGAGUUCUAUCAUCAUGGAAGGAGAUGGAGUUACUCAAGAACUAUUGGACUCAAUUCUUAUCAACCUCAUCCCUGCCCACAAGGUUUGCAAAGUAAAAAACAACAACAACCCUCUCCCCACUCGUGCUUCAGUAGCAUAGCUUUACUUCUGUGUCCAUUUCGAUGUUUUGUCCAGAGAACUGCAAAAGUUGCUUGUUCCCUCCCUCCUUUGUCUUUCCUUGUUCCCUCUGUGCAUAUACCUUGGUGCUGCUUCCUCAAUUCUGGAUGUAGAGGUACUCAGUUGAUUCAUAGGAGAGAUGCUGGGGCUGAGCAAUUAUACUGUGCUGAUUUGGAGAAGCCCAAGGUAUGUCUGUCCUCUGCUUUUCUUCCUGUAGGCUGCAUACAACAUCUCUCCUGGGACCCAACAAAUCUGUUCAAGAUUCAGUUUAGGUUAGGUGCUGGGUAGUGCUUGGCUCCAUUGGAACAGAACUGGGGAAGUCAUUAAAUGGGAAGCUAGGUAGAGAAGAAGGCAGUUUUCUCCAACCUAGUGCCCUCCAGAUGGUUUGGACUGCAAUUCCCAUCACCUUCCUAUCGUGCCCAGUUAAACUGGGAUGGUGGGAGAUGUAGUUCACAACAUCUAGUGGGUGGCUUGGAAACAGCUGUCCUAGAAAUUUGCCAUGUUUUAAUCUUGGGUGUGUGCAGUUGACAACUUGUGAACCAAUAGGGUUGCCAGACUAGAUAAAACAAUUGCUUCAAUUCAAAGAUGUGAAUUAGAAAAUGUGUCAUAUUGUUCUCUAAUUGAAUGUUCAGAUAAUGGAUUUAAGACUAUUUUGAGUAUAUAAAAAAAAAGCGGGGCGGGGGAAGUGAAGGCGUAUGUGAAUGUGAGGAUCACUCCAUUCUGGGAGAAAGAAUUUGUACCAACAGAACCCCUUUCUUGCUUUAUAUGGGAUAUAUAUAUCUGUUCUCCCUUACACCAGUCAUUUAUGUAUUUUUUAUUUUGGCAUCAAGGCAAAUAUUAACCUUAAUAAGGUUAAUAUUAUGAGCUAUAUGCUCAUUAUAUAGUGUCUUUCACAUUUAAAAUGUUUUGCUUUAAAGAUAAGUUGCUAUAUAAAACUUUAAGUGACAUAUUUUAAGCUAAUUAGAAGUAUGUAUAAGACAUUUGUAUAAGAGGGAGUUUUUAGAACCUUUGGUUUAUUUUCUGCUCAAACUGAUCCAUUUCUGUAGAAUGAAUAGUACUAUUUUAUGCUGCUCACUAACAAAUACCUGGAUUUCUUCCUCUUAAUUUUUCCCCUCUGUAUUCUAGAACCUUAAUAAACAGGCAUUUGAUCUUUCAAAAGUCCUGUUGAAAAGGACGGUCCAGACCAUUGAGCCAUGCAUUGCCAAUGUAAGUAAUAAAAGCAUCAACAUACCAUUAACUGCUACCCUCUUAACUGCUUUGAUAUAUCACUGUUUUGUUUGAUUGAAUCAAUUUAAACCAUCAGAAUAGGAAUUUUCCUUUCCCCUUUUCUCUCUGAGUUAGGACAGCAGCUACAGUCCUCUUCUGUGUCUACCCAGCUAUGGAAUUGCAGUGGAUAAUGUGGCUCUGCUACUCUCAGUGCACAUCCCGUUCUCCCUCUACUUAUUUCAGUCAGAGAAGACAAAUCCAACAAUAGUGUUGUUGACAAAUAUAUAGCAUAUGGAAUUGUGGUGCUGUUGCUAGUAUUGAUAUGCUGUAUUUGCAUAUUGGGGGAAACAGGGCAACAUUGUGGUUGCUGAACACUGGACUUUUUUCUCCGGUUAGGAGACAGAGAAUUUGACAUGGGGCUUUGCCUGGUUGCUUGUAGGCAAUUGCUACUUUCCACAGACUGCCAGGCAAGUUCCUGAUUAGAAGACACUCAGCAAAUAAUAUUGAUGAAGCACAGACAGAGAAUGAGUCAUGUCCAUGUGGGCAUAGAAUUAUGUGAAUGUCUCCUGCUGGAACACUGCUUAUGCUGAUAGUGAAUUCUAUAAAAGUCUGAGCUUUUAGUUGAAAGCUGGUUUUAAACAUUGGAAUCUGCAAAGCAGUUAUGCCCUGAAUGAAUGCGUUUAAGUAGGAUUUGUUGCAACCUACUCUGGUUCCUUCCUGCAGCUCUGGGAAGGCAAUCUCAGUGGCUUUUGUUGUGUCCUUGAACGUGCCCCCCUACGCUGUAGCCUGCCAUAGUACAAGAAGGUGGGAGCUCACCUUGUGAUGUGCUUUGGAGGCAUGUUUCACUGUUACAGAGUCCCCCUGAAGCUCUGCUUGAUGUCAGACAUCCGGCUUUGCCUGCCCUUCCUUCAGUUUGUGGGACAAACAAGAUUGGUGGCAAGCACAAAUACUUACCUCCAAAAACCAGCCAAAAUUUGUAGAUCUCUAUUCAUAAACUUUUUUUUUUUUAAAGCACCUUAUUAAUAAUAUCUUUUUUUCCUAGUUUUUUAACCAGGUCCUGGUACUAGGAAAGUCUUCUGUAAGUGACUUGUCAGAGCAUAUAUUUGAUCUAAUUCAGGAGCUUUUUGCUGUUGAUCCUAAUUUAUUGCUGUCCGUCAUGCCACAGCUGGAGUUCAAACUGAAGGUAAGUGAAAUUAGUUAUUUAAUAUUUACAUAUGUGGAGGUCCCCAGCAUGAGGCUGUGACAACAGUUUAGGUUCCAAAAAACCAAGCAACUAGAUCCACCUGUUUAGUGGUGCUUUGGGCUCAUGUUUCUGAAACAGUAGCUUCUCAUGCUCUAUGGCUUUAAGAUGGUGUUGCAUAAUACAGAGAAAGAGCUCUUCAUAGGAGUCUGUGAGCUGAAAUACUUGUUGGUAUUGCUUUGGUUUUUCAAAAGGCAAGAAUCCAAUAGUUGAAUAACAUGACUUUGAUUUUUGUAUAUUUGUUUCGUUUUGAUAGUAUUUAAUUCCAAUUCUGUUUUUUGUUGUCUUCAAACUGUAGAGUAACGAUGGAGAGGAACGUUUAGCUGUUGUUCGCCUUUUAGCUAAGCUAUUUGGUUCUAAGGAUUCUGACCUCGCAACGCAGAACCGUCCGCUUUGGCAGUGCUUUCUUGGCCGGUGAGAAAACAUACAAACGUGUUUUUAAUUGUUCUGGUCUCAAAGCAGCUCUCUUCCUACCAUUCAUCUCUUUUAAAAAAAAUCUGUAAUGAUUUUCAUAUGGUCAUGGCUAUCUGCUACUUACUGUUAGACCUACUUCUGUUUUCAGAUAGGACUGGAGUUCACAUCUUGAAGCAAAGCUCAGUUUAGGUCUUGCCUAAUAGUAUAAAGUGGUACCUCAGUUUACGAACUUGGAAGUCCAUUCUUAAACCAAGGUGUGCUUUCCUUAAUGAGGCCUCCUGCCGCCAGUGCCCUUCCAUCAUUUGGAUUCCGUUCUUAGACCGAAGUAAAAUUUGCAAACUGGGACACUACUUCUGGUUUUACGGAGUUCGUAAACCAAAUCGUUCAUAAACAGGUCUGUUCUUAAACCAAGGUACCACUGUAUUCCCUGCUGCCUUUAUAUGCUGUUACAGUAUACAGUUUCCUUAGAAUAGCUAUGUAAACUAAAUACAAGUAGUAGCAUUUAUGUUUUUGAUAGUUAUAUAUAGCACAGGUGGCUACGGGCCACCUUUUAAAGGUGAGGUGCACCUUUGAAGACCAUUGGGCUUAAACUGCACAUGCAAAUGGAAAACUUAAGCUGAUCAAUAACAGUAGCAAGCCAUGCUUGCCAAGGAACAAUCAGGAGCAUACUUUAACUUCCUGAUUGCUUCUUUGCAGCCACAUCUGGCAUACAUAGGAAAUUAGCUGUGAGGGUGGAUGGGUGUGGCUUGAGAAAAAUGGGCAGAGGUUCUUCAGCACUACUAUGUAAACUAGUUAGUUAGGUUCUGCUCUCCCCUAAGGGGUCAGGCGAAUGACAAUACAUUUAGCUGUUUCGAUGUAACCUUAUAUGCAUUUUAUUGCAUUUUUAUUCAAAGGAUUACCGUACUUUUUUGUCCUACUUGUUUUGAGUUUGCUUUGCCUUAUCGUGUGUCAUAAUGUGUUGCACUCUGAAAUGAUGGAGUUUAUGAAAACGUACUAAGUUUAUUUGUCUAUUAUAAUUGUAAAUUAAUUUCCCCUUCUCCAGAUUUAAUGAUAUCCAUGUUCCUGUGAGAUUAGAAAGCGUGAAAUUUGCAAGCCAUUGUUUAAUGAACCAUCCAGAUUUAGCAAAAGACCUCACUGGUAAGAUCUCUUAUAUCCUAGAUUAGAUUCAUUAGACAGAAGAGCAUGAAGAUAAUAGCUCAUGUACAUAACAUGGUGGCAUGACAAAUACUAACAUAAUUAUAAUAUAUAUAAAUGUUUGACUUGAUUAUUCUUUUAAUCAGUUGAAGGAUUAGAAGGAUUGUUCAAGGCAAAUUUUCAAAUAGAAUUGGAGCUGGUGUGGUGGUUCUGAUAUUUUGCAUGACUCAACAUACAAAAUGGAGUAGCUUAUCAUUUCUAAUAUUCUUGCAAUUUUUAGUUUAACACAGCAGGCCUUUCAUUAAGUGGAAUCUGUGACUUUCCUCUGUUCAGUUGCUUUCCUAAUUGAAGUCAUAAUAUUAAUCUCUCCCUAAACUCGUGUGUUUACAAUUGUAAGCUAAGGAUAGGUAUUUAGUAUUCCUAAUUUGUUGUUCUUUGAUUGCAGCCAAGCCAGAAGCAUAAAACUGACAAUGUUUUCUUUUUGUAUUAGAGUACUUAAAGGUUAGGUCACAUGAUCCAGAAGAAGCCAUUCGACAUGAUGUCAUUGUUACAAUAAUAACGGCUGGCAAGAGGGACCUCUCUUUAGUCAAUGACCAGUUACUUGGCUUUGUCAGAGAGAGAACACUGGACAAGAGGGUAAGAUGAAAGGAAUGCUAUAAUGUUAAAACUCAUAGGGCGACAACCAGUGUCACAUGAGUGGAUUUCUGCUUGUGCAAUAGGACCUCACGUUCCUCUCCUCUGAAGGCCCUUGUAUUCCCCCAGAAUCUACGCUAGAGGAUCAGGGGAACUUCCAGAGCAGGUGUUGGGCCUGUACCAGGCACUACAGGGGGUGAAGGGAAUUCUCAUGUGGAAGCAGAAAUCCUAUAACAGAAUAAAACUGUGAAAAUUUAGCAGUUUCAUGCUUCAAAGUUGUAUGGAUAUUUUAAGUUUUUUUCAUUGCACGUCACAUCACAACCACAGACAAAAACCAGUUACUGAAAUGCUCAUUCAACUUUCAGAAUCCCUUUUUACUCCAGGCUGAGACUGUGAUCCUGCAUGCUGAAAAAGUGUAACAGCAACAUGUCCUGUCUAAAUGCUAUAUUAUCUGCAUCACAUCGGGACUUGUUGUUACUAUCACCACAUUGACAUUUUUCAAAGUAAAAGUGAUUGCUGACCUGUUGUGACGUUUAAGCUGUCAAAUGUCAGUUUCUGUUCUCAAUAUUUAAUUAUUUAGAAACUUACAAUGACAUUUUAGACAAAGAUUGUAUUAGUCCUGUCUGUUUUUUUCAAAGUAAGCAAAACCGAACAGGGUUACUUUUGUGGAUAGUGUUCUUGUCUGGCUUUUGUUUUGGGAAAAGUAAAAUGUUUUUGGAUUUUUAUGGUCCUGCAGGCUAUGAAAGAGGAAAAACCAUAAUGAUGGUUCUUCCAUAGUAAGUUACAUUUUAGAUAUUUCAGAAACUUUCUAGUCAUUGGAAAACAUACAGGGAAAUUCAAACUACAGCUACCAAGUUAUGGUGUAUAAUAUCAGAGGUAGAAUACAUUUCACAAACAUCUUAUAAUCCAUGAGAUUCUGUAACCACAAAUAUUGGGGGUUUUCAGUGAUCUAUAUAUUUCUCAUAUAACAUACAAAAAACAGUAUCUGCAUCACAGUCUGUUUUGCCAGAUAUUAUGAAACAAUAGUUUAUAUGUUGUGUCAUCUGAUAGUAAACAGAAAUUCAUUGUUAAAAUUUUGUUUAAAAACAGUAUUAAGAAUUAGGAAAAGUACGAAAAUUUAAACACAUUCACCUAGUAAAAAACUCCAAAAUCUCUUAGAAGCCUCUAUUAUAUCCAUAACAAGGGCGGAGAUAAAAAUAUGGACACUGAUGAAAGAAAAACAAUUAAAAUGUUUUUUAAAAUAAAGGUUCCAAAAUAUUCACCAAAGGGUAAUUGUCAGGGAACUGCCAUCAGUACUGGAGGGGGAGAGUGAAAGCCAGAGGGAUUCCAGAGAGCGUGCAGGGAUCGGGAGGAGCAGCCCAUCUUCUGGGGAAGAGAAUCAGCGUAGCACCAGGGGAGAAGGGGCAGCUGGGGGAAGUGGCGAGACGUUCCCAUGACUCCUUGCCUGGGACCAGCGGGGAGAGUAGGGGUCCUCCGUUGCCCACGCCCUCCCUGCGCAGAAGGCUUCCGCGCAGAGAGGGUAGGCGGAGACUAGGCGUCAAAGAACUUCUUUGCUGGAAGAAGUUUAAGAAACGCCCACUCACGGAUUCUGCCAGCGAUUGAGUCAGCCACGGGUGAGUGGCUGUCCGGACAGAAAAAGGUUCACUUUGGCAACCCAGCCAGGUGUUUGCACCCAGACGGGGAGAUAGGCACCUGCUUACGCAUGAGCAACCCCUAGAACCAUUACAGUAAUUACAAACCACCCCACUUUGAACAGAUCAAGGGCACUCAUUAAAUAAGAAAAAGAGAGUAUGUAAUCCUGUAAACCUAAAAAUGCUUUCUUUUUUUCCCUUUUAAGUGGCGAGUAAGAAAAGAAGCAAUGAUGGGUCUUGCCCAGCUAUACAAGAAAUACUGUCUUCAUGCCGAAGCUGGAAAAGAUGCAGCAGAGAAAGUGAGCUGGAUAAAGGAUAAACUUUUGCACAUAUAUUAUCAGAAUAGCAUUGAUGACAAGUAAGUCAGUGUUAAGCCAUUUCCUCAAGUGGCACAAUAUCCAAUUUAUUUAUCUAAACCUAUUUCUCUUUCAAUACAGUGAAUUAUAAAUCACUUCACAAUGUAAAACAAUGCACAAAUCCAAUAGAAGUACCAGUAAAGACAUCACAAAAGUAUUAACCAAGAGCAGCCAAGACCCUCACUAAUGAUCAGGGAAAUCCAGGAUAAAUAAGCCUUUAACUGGUGGCAAAAGUACUCCAAAAUAAUUGCUGUUCCAAAGAAAUGUAAAUAAAAUUUCCCAUAUCUCAAUUUGGCCAGCAUGGAGCUUAUUGCUGAACAAUAGUUUGGGUAAUUGGUAAACUCUAUAGGCUUACAUAUCCCUUUCUCCAUUCUAUGGUUUGAGAUGACGGUAGUUUGCUAGGAUACUUGAACUGAGCAAACUAUAGUCAUCGCUAACCAUGAGUUGCUUCAAAACCAUGGAUCAAAACCAGUUUGGUGGUGAUAAUCUCUGGUUAGUGCUAAAUAGUUCGUCCAGUUGAGACAUUAAGGCAUGCCACAGUUAUUAAGCUGUGCAAGCAGGGAUUACACUGGUCAACAACAAAUUUGUUGUCUGUGUUUUUUCAGCUGACUUAGGAUGAAUCUGAUGCGCUGAAUCCAAAAAUCACAUUGGUUUUGCUCAAUCAGGUCAAGUUUUUAAGCUAUGGCCACAUGUCAUUUUUUUACAUUUUUGUUCACAUGUACGCUUGUGUGGAGCAUUUUAAAAGAAGUUGGUGGGGGUAAAAUGCCAUGUCGAAUAAUUGUUCUGAUUGGAAAUGAUUAUUUUAAUGACAAGAAGUAUUCAGGUCCAAUAGUUCUGGGUGAUUAUGUCGAAAAGGGAUCAGUUUGAAGUCAUAAAACCUCCGUUUUUUCUCGGAAGAGAAGGACUUGGUGUACUGUGCAGAUAUUGCGCAGCUUCUGCUCAAGCUUGGAGUGCCACAGUACGAACCCAAAAGUUGGAGACUGUUCAUUGACAGCAGCAAGCGAUCACUGAAAUGUGUUCUGCUACACAAUGGCAACCAGUUUGCCUCUAUACCCCUAGCUCACUCGAGUACACUGAAGGAGAACUAUGAAGCGGUGAAGUAUGUGCUGGAGAAAAUGGGUUAGGAUCAGCAUAAAUGGUUUAUUUGUGUUGACCUGAAGAUGGUGAACUUUUUGUUGGGACAACAGUCUGGCUUCACCAAGUACCCAUGUUUUCUGUGCAUGUGGGAUAGUAGGGACCGUGCUCAGCAUUACACGAAGAAGGACUGGCCUGUGCAGGAGGAAUUGAUGCCUUGCAAAAAAAGGAACGUCAUCAACGACCCUCUGGUGGACAGAGACAGAAUACUCUUCCCACCGCUGCACAUCAAGCUUGGCUUAAUCAAGCAGUUCACCAAGGCUCUGGACAAGGAUGGUGACUGCUUCACUUACUUGUGCCAGGCUUUUCCAGGAUUGACCAUGGAGAAGUUGAAAGCUGGCAUCUUUGACGGUCCUCAGAUCCAUCAGCUCAUCAGAGAUCCAGAGUUCGGAAAGUCAAUGAACGAAGUGGAACUGGAAGCGUGGAAGGCAUUUGUUCUGGUAGUGAAGAACUUUCUUGACAACAAUAAGGCCAGAAAUUAUGCAGAACUUGUCAACAACAUGCUGACUGCUUUCAGAAACCUGGGCUGCAACAUGAGCAUCAAGAUGCACUACCUAUUUUCACAAAUGGACCGGUUUCCUGAGAACCUGGGUUCAAUGAGUGACAAGCAGGGGGAGAGAUUCCAUCAGGACAUGAAAGAGAUAGAGACCAGGUAUCAGGGUCGCUGGGACGCAGUCAUGAUGGCUGACUACUGUUGGACUCUGAAGAGAGACCUCCCUGCCGCUGAGCAUUCCUGGAGUUCCAAGAAACACAAGUUCAAGCCCUGAAGUUUGAAAAAUGGUGAAGCAACAUGCAAGUUACAUGCACAUACCUUUAUCAAUGCCCACCAUUCAGUUUACAGUAAACCUGACCUGAUGGAGAGAAACGGAUGCCAUUUCCUGAUUCAGCAGUGCAAAAAUACCCUAAAUCAGUUGUAGAAAUCUAGACAACAUUCAAAAAGUAAAAAAUUGUUGUCUGAAAUGACCCAUUGUGUUUCACAUAUUUUGCAUGUUUUUCUUCCAAUGGCCAUCUUCAGGAUCUUCAUAGAACAACAGAAUAUAAUUGUUCUAAAUGGUUUCCAAAGGGAGAGCUGCAGAAUACUAGUGUGCUGCAAGAAACACCCUGGUGCAGGCAUUCCUAUGCAGCGUAGAUUUAUUUUGCCUGUAUACAAACAAUUAUAUAAUCGGGGGGGGGGGUGUUUGGUUAUUUUAUUUAUUUAUUUAUUUAUUUAUUUAUUUAUUUAUUUAAUUUCUAUACUGCCCUUCGUCUGAGGAUCACAGGGCAGUUUACAAUAUCAAAACACAAAAUUACAUAACAUAGUAGCACACAAAAACACUACCUGACCCUGAAGUUUAAAAGGCCAUAAGAUCGUUUAAAUAGCCAAAGGCCUGGGAGAAGAAGGUUUUUGCCUGGAGCUUAAAUAUAUGUAACAAAGGUUAGAUACAGUAGCAUUCUUCCCUAAUGCAUGUUUGCGAUACAUUGUCGUACGAUUCCUUUUUUAAAAUGGAAUUUUAGUCUCUUGGUAAUUUCUGCUGAUUCUGUAUUUUCAUAAAGGAAAAGUGUGUGCCUUCUUUACUUUGUCCUUUUUUAUAUAUAUUUUCAGGGCAUCUCAUUGUUGAAUUUGCCAUUAGAUGAGAGAAGUGUAUUUGUUUUCUCCAGAUGAACUACAAGGGCUAGUUAAUUCCUUUACCUUAAUAAUGAGGAUUCCCAUUACUGAUAUUAAUAUUAUAAUUUAUAAUAGUAAGGGGUAUUCUAAGGGACGCGGGUGGCGCUGUGGGUUAAACCACAGAGCCUAGGACUUGCUGAUCAGCAGGUUGGCUGUUCGAAUCCCCGUGACAGGGUGAGCUCCCGUUGCUCGAUCCCUGCUCCUGCCAACCUAGCAAUUUGAAAGCACACCAAAGUGCAAGUAGAUAAAUAGAUACCGCUCUGGCGGGAAGGUAAACGGCGUUUCCGUGCGCUGUUCUGGUUCGCCAGAAGCGGCUUGGUCAUGCUGGCCACAUGACCUGUACGCCGGCUCCCUUGGCCAAUAAAGCGAGAUGAGCGCCGCAACCCCAGAGUCGACCACGACUGGACCUAAUGGUCAGGGGUCCCUUUACCUUUAAGGAGUAUUCUACAGUCUUUCAAGCAGAUGCAAUAUUUUCUUUGGUCUAGAUCCUGAGAAGUGUUGGUAGAAGGGGGUUGCCAGAAGGUGACUAUCUUUCCCCCUCCUCCACCAGUCAGUCUGCUGAAAAUCCUUGCUUGAGGCUUGCAAUGGCCUCACUUUUAUCAAAGAGUGAGCUGUAUCAUGGUGGGGGAGAGGGGCUGCUGAAAACUGGGAGAGGCUCCUUCCAUGAGCUCAUACUUAUGGAAAGUGACUCCACCCAGUUUUUGGUGGACACCUCCCCUCAGCCCCUCCCCGUUCAGCAGGCUCCCCCAACUCUUGACAGGUUUUUGGAGGAACUGCCAAGGGAGAUCCACCCAAACCUGCUUGUUUUGAGAUAGCAGAUAAUGUGGAAAUGAGAGGAUGAUGUCCUGGUAUACAUAGGCUUAUGCUCAUAAUUCGAAAGUAUGAGUAUUUUGGAAAAUACAAAAUCUGUCAACUUAUUUUCCUUUGCAGAUUAUUGGUGGAGAAAAUCUUUGCUCAGUAUCUUGUUCCACAUAACUUGGAAACAGAAGAGCGGAUGAAGUGCUUAUAUUAUUUGUAUGCUAGCUUAGACCCAAAUGCUGUUAAGUGAGUAUCCUUCUACACAGGGAAGUUCUCAGCGCGCUUUAGCAGUCGCUUUAAACACACAAUGUGUAGGAGAUUCAAAAACAAAAUGCCUCACUGUUCAGAAUACUACAUAUUAGUUGACCUGUUAAGAUGAGCAAACUUGUUUAAGCAAUUUGCUGAACUGGGUGUCUACUAGGAGUGUACACUGGCCAUAAGAUUCAAUUUGCAGCAAUAUCUGUUGCUUUGGGAAGCAGCCCUAUCUGUUUCAGGUGCUCUCUGCGUCUUUGCAAUUGAACUCAUUAGUCAGGACAGAAUUAAAUCGCCAUUAUGUGGGAUCAUAACACAACUUUAACUUGAUUUUCUAUUCUUAGAAGAGGAUGAAAUUUGCAAGCAUAGCAGGUCCUCCAGAGUGGAUUAAGCCUGUCCUGAUCAUAGACAGAAAGCUCCUGUAGCUUGCUUAUUAUUUUUUUAGAACAAAGAAAAAGGGGCAGACUUCACUGAUAUGGGGUAGAUACAGUGGAAAUCAUAGGGAAGAGGGUAGUAGAAAAAUAGCAUAAAUCCCUAGAAUAGAGGGGGGGGAUUGUCCUCCUAGCCAACAAAAUGAAGGUUUACCCCAUUUUCCACCACCCCCUUCCUCUUAUUACUUAGACAGUACUCCAGUCUGCUUGAGUUUGUUUGUCAGAAAGAAAGAAAGAUACUAGAUUGUACAUUUUUGGACUUUCAAGACCACAGAACACACAAAAGCUUAGGGAGUUCCUGUUCCACCUCAUGAUAUAUUCUUAACAGCAUAAACCGACUCAGAAACGUGAGGACCUUCCCUGAAUCACCUCAGUUUUCCUCAUAGUUCAUAGUAUGCACUGAGCCAAUGUUCACUCCUAGUAUCUUGCCAAUAGUUGUAUUUUAUUCAAGGUUAGCUUUUUUAUUUGGAUUUUAAGACAUGGUAUUUUGAAAUUACUAGUUGAAUAAAGAGCUCAAUGAAUUUUGUGUGUGUGUCCCUGUGUGCAUGCAUGUGCAGGCACACACUGAUUAAAAACCAACUGAAAGGUGGGAAGGCAUCUAGAUCUUCAUAUACACAUAAUAUAUGUUCAGCCUUGUUGCUGGAGAAGUUAUUGAGAGCAGGAUAUUGGGCCAACAAGAGAUAAUGUGAUAGAAGAACAGUCAGCUUGGGACUCAAUGUUGUAUUUUUAGAAUCACACUGGUUUUUCAGAUUUUAACACAUUUGUCAUUUCUUUUAUGCUUAGGGCACUGAAUGAAAUGUGGAAAUGCCAGAACAUGCUUAGGAGUCACGUGCGGGAGUUACUAGAUUUGCACAAGCAACCCACUGUACGGUUUUCACAAUAACUUAAUUGCCUCAUUUUACAUUUAAUGCUUUGUAACACAUCUGCAUAUAUUUUAGAAUUAAUAUAUUAAAUGAUGGUUUUAAACUUAAUUUCAAAUUCUUUCCCCCCUUUUUUAAUUUCAAAUUCUAAUACUGCCUUUUUCUUAGUUCAGAACUUAGUAAUCAGUAUCUUAAUGGAACUUUAAAGCAAGGGAUCCACUCUUGCUCAGAAAUAUUUGUUGUCAAUCCUUUACAAUCAGUGACUUCUUGCAUUAAAAUUUUCUAAUGUUCCUGAAAGAACAAACUAGAAGCAACAUUUAAUAGACUAAAUCAGAAUAAUACAUUACUAAAUAAUAUUUAGCAUUUUCCUUUGGGUUUUUUGAGGAAAAGACAAAAGUAUCUCUUUUUGGUAAUUUACACUGCAAUCCAAACUCCUGAUCUGCUGGCUUGGGGGCAGUGGGAUAGAGCAAAUGUGUUCUUCUGUGCAGACCAAAACUAUUGUGCUGGCACCACUCCUCUGGUGUAGAUCUUCCCAUUCCUGUCAUUGGCAUGAUUCCUACCUAUGGUAGUCCACAGAAAGCCCAAAACGGGGGGGGGGGGGGGAGAGAGAGGUUGAGCGGGCCUAGGACUCACUGGAUCCCAAUUCAGUUUCACUGUAGCCACUUGACAGCAUUCAGUCCAAUUUGUGCCCACUCUGAAUGCCAGCCUUGGCCAGUGUGACUGGUAGGGCUGUGGAUAUAGUGGUGAUUAUGCUGCUCCAUCAAAUUCUACUGCUGCCUGCUUUUAGGUUAGGACUGCUUUGUUGUUGGAAAUUGGCUUUUAUGGGAUAGCAAAACGCUAAUAUUUGUGUAUUAUUUUAUUUGAUGAUCAUGUAUUUGUAAUCGUGAACCAAUAUACCAAAGUGGGGUGAGGGGAGAGAAGAGAGAUUCUGCAACAGUAGAAGCAUCUCUGGUAUACAAAACUUUCUGUAUAAAUGGUCAUUCUGAACUUCUCUUUUCAGUCAGAAGCAAACAGUGCUGCUAUGUUUGGAAAGCUGAUGACCAUAGCAAGUAAGAUCUGUAGAUGAGUAUUAUUACAUUGUUGUUGUUUUUUCAGUACAACUAAAGCUGCUACUAUAAACUACCUUUUUGAAUUUCAAUUCUAUAGAAAAUCUUCCUGAUCCUGGGAAGGCACAAGACUUUGUGAAAAAGUUCAAUCAGGUUCUUGGUGAUGAUGAGAAGCUUCGUUCUCAGCUUGAACUAUUAAUCAGUCCUACCUGCUCCUGUAAGCAAGCAGAUGUCUGUGUGGUAAGAACCAGGUUUUUACUAUUGUUUCCAGUAUAGAUAGGCUAUGUUUCUUCUGAACAGGAAUACCACAAUAAAAAUAUGGGGCUUUGACACGGUAGGAAGGGUCAGAAAGAUGAGCCAAGAAGUCAGGGAUGCUCCUGAUAAUGGAAAGUCCUUAGGAAGUGUAUAUACACAUGCCUGGGUACUCCUAAAUGUUUACCCACAAGCAAGUUUUACUGGCUUGGUUCACACAAAAUAUUAAACUGUUGUUUAAAAUAAGCAAUAGUUUAAAUAAGUGCACAAGCGCGUUGCUUUCCCUCCACUCCUGAGAAGGCCCCUAUUCUGGUGAGAAGAAAGUACUGUAUUUUUCUGUGUAUAAGACACCCCCUACUUUUGGGGACCCCAAAUUUAGAAAAUGGGCAUAUGCACUGCCCGUGUAUAAGACGUCCCCAUAUUUUUAACCUUAUUUUAAAGUAAGAAAACCUAGUCUUAUACACGGAAAAGUACGGUACUUUUAUCUGCCUGCUGCUGCUGCUUCACUGCAUACCCCGGUGUGGCACAGUUAAAAUAAAGGUGAUCUGCCCAGCUCAGUCACUCGUGUCUCAGUAACACACCAGGUCAACCACCAUGAUAAAAUCUUGCUGUCUUGCUAUGGAAAGGAAAUUUAUAGAGGACAGGUAACUUUAUUUUGGGCUGACCUGUCAAUGAUCACCACACUACCGGAGCAGAGGGUUCACUGACAUUAUCUCCCAAGUUCUGAAAGCUGAGAUAGUCCAAAAAGGGUGAUACUUUAAUAUAACUUUUGCCCCUUCUUCCAGCCAUUAGUGGGGGGUGGGAGACGCCCACAAAAAAAUUAGUCAUUCAUGCUUGAAGGUUGUACCUAGUUCACACAUUUAAUUAAGGCUAGAAGAAAUUUAGCUCUGUUUAGCAGUAUUUGGGUUAUGGAGCUUGUGUGGCUUUUGUUUUUGUUAGUUUGACUCAUUCGGAGUAUUGCUUGUACAAAUUUAUUGCAGAUUUAUCAUAACUUAAUCCUUUUCUUUUAUUCAGAGGGAGAUUGCACGGAAACUUGCUAAUCCUAAACAGCCAACCAAUCCUUUCCUGGAGAUGGUAAAAUUUCUUUUGGAAAGAAUUGCCCCUGUACACAUUGACUCAGAAGCCAUCAGGUAAGCUUGACUGACAGCUGUCCUAUCUUAGUGUUUUUGCAAGGCAGCUCUUUACUGUUGCGAAUAUGAGUUUCUUUUAAAAUCUGAUUUAUACACUUAAAAGUAGUUAGGAAUGAGUUUAAAUCAAUUAAUAAAAAAUAAGAUUUGCUUUUAAAAAUAAAAUGGAAUAUUGAACAAAGGUGAAGGUAUGUUGAAAAUUUUAUUGAAAUAAGAAUAUUUCGAUAAUAUUCUAGAUUAUUGUGAAAAUAAGCAAUAUUCAGAAGAAAACUGGAAUAUUAAACUGACUUAGUUACAUAGAUAAGUCUUUCUUUUUACAAAUAAAUAGUAGAUUGAAUGUGUGUAUAAUAUGUAAACUGUAAGUGUAUAUUUAAGCUCCCCCCUUCCAAUUUUUUUCUUAGUGCAUUAGUAAAGCUGAUGAAUAAAUCAAUAGAAGGGACAGCUGAUGAUGAAGAGGAGGGUGUAAGCCCUGAUACAGCUAUUCGUUCAGGGCUUGAACUUCUCAAGGUACUGUCUGUAAAAUUACUUGUUUAGUAAUACUUCUAAACUCACUACACUGCAGUCCAUUUCAGUAUUCUUUUGAAGAGUCAAGGCUGCUUCUUGACAUUUAAAACCUUUCUUCAAAUGCUGACAUUCACUUGAAGAAACCUAUGGAAUGGGCCAGCUACAAUCCCUUUUAAUAUCUUUGUACACUGAAUAAUGCAGUGAAUUUUAGAUGUAUGUUGUCCUAGGUAUUAGCACGAUAAAUUGCAUUGUCUGCAGAUGGAUUAGAUCAGGGGUUGCCAGCCUUUUUUUGGACGAGUGGUCACAGUUCAAAUUUUGAGAAAGUGCUGUGGGCUUGAGGGACAAAAUGUCUGCCCUGGGAGCACUGAACAAUUCUCAUGGGUGUCAAGGCGGCCGUGGCACAACACAAAAUUAGACAAAAUAUAAUGAGUAAAAUAUAAGCAGUAUAGCAGCUUUAUAAGAUAAGAAAAGAACACCAUGGAAGUGUGGAUGGGAAGUCUAUCGAUAUGAGAGAUUUAUUCUGAUGGUUGUUUAAAAGAAUUUGUAAAAUUUGAAAAGCUAAUACAAAAAUGUUAUUAAAAAAUAAUGAACUCUGAAAGUCAAGAAUUGGGACUUCCACAAGAUAAUAUUAGUGUUUCCCACCCCUUCCUUUGAGGCAAGCACACAGGGAAAUGAAUCUCUAUUUAGAUUUAUACCCUGCCCCACUCCCAGAUAUUCAGGAUUCAUUCAUGAAUAUGUUUUUCUAAUUUGUUUUGAUAUGUGUCCAUAGGUUCUGUCUUUCACGCACCCUACCUCGUUCCACUCUGCAGAGACGUAUGAAUCUCUCCUGCAGUGCCUCAGGAUGGAAGAUGAUAAAGUAGCAGAGGCAGCCAUUCAGAUAUUCAGAAACACUGGGCACAAAAUAGAAACUGAUCUGCCCCAGAUACGAUCGUGAGUGCAUUUCUUCAAAUACCAUAAAUGCCUUUGGUACUGUCUUGUCUUUCAGCUUUUUGAUAUUAGACAAUCUUUUUCUUGCUGGUGCAAAUAUGUAUAACCUCAUUGGCCAUUACUAUUGCAUCCCUUAAUUCAGAGGUUUUCAACUUUUCUGAGUCCACAGCUCCCUUGACCAACUGCAUUCUUUCUGCGGCACCCCUGUGGGGCUCAGGAGCCCAGUUAUGUCACCCCUUGCCUGCAGAAAUGGCAGCCUCUCACCCUGUUUCAGACAUCCUCCUUGUGGAGUGUUCCCUCAGCCUCCUCUCCCCUCCUCUCUCAUUGGGAGUCCUCUGGGCAGCCACUGUGGCCACCCCUGGUCUCUGAGCUGCCCAUCCUGCCCCAAAAGAUAUGUCUUCCAGAGGUACCAUUUACCUGCGGAGCUUAUAGCCAGGGCUUUGGCUUUAAGCAAGCUGAGAGGGCAUCAGAGGAGGGAGGGAGGGAAAGAAAAAGGGACAGAGGCCAGUGUUGCCCAUGGCACUCCUGACCAUUAUUCAAGGCACCCCAGGGUGUCACGGCACACUGGUUGAAAACCACUGCCUUGAUUUGUGGUUACAUUUUUUGCCGGGUUGGGGAGAACACUGAACCUUGGGUGCUCAUGUAUGUCUUAAGACCAUAAAAGAGCCAUGCUUGGAUCUCUUUUAAUCUAGCAUCCCAUUUCAUGUGGGUGAUGGUGGGGGUUGUCAAUGACCAAUGCAUUUGAACUACCUUUCCACCUAAGAAUGUGUGCUCUUAAUUUAAUUUUAUAUGGUGGUUCUCUAUGUUUCAAAAAAAUCUUGCACUGACUUCCUGCAAACAUUACAGGAAUUUAUUUUUGGUAUAAUUUUUUUUGUGCUAACUCUGUACAGAACCCUUAUUCCUAUUUUGCAUCAGAAAGCAAAGAGAGGAACACCUCACCAAGCAAAACAAGCUGUCCACUGUAUACAUGCCAUAUUUUCAAAUAAAGAAGUUCAGCUUGCACAGAUUUUUGAGGUAGGUUUGUCUGACUUCUUAAAAGCCAUGAAAGGGUGGAAUCACAAUUAUCAGACCUUUUGAAAUUAUUAUAACAACCCAGGGUUUUCAAGGAAUAUACAGUGGUACCUCAGGUUAAGUACUUAAUUCGUUCCGGAGGUCUGUUCUUAACCUGAAACUGUUCUUAACCUGAAGCACCACUUUAGCUAAUGGGGCCUCCCGCCUUCACCGCGCCGCCGAAGCACGAUUUCUGUUCUCAUCCUGAAGCAAAGUUCUUAACCCGAGGUACUAUUUCUGGGUUAGCGGAGUCUGUAGCCUGAAGGGUAUGUAACCUGAAGUGUAUGUAACCCAAGGUACCAAUGUAUAACACUUCAAGAAGUGGUCAGGGUCCAGUAGUAGUUAGCAAUAUUUUACUUCCAUUAGAAGUAUUAGAAAAUUAACUAAUGCUUUAUUUGAUUGGCUGAAGGACUGAAAGUUAAGGGCACGUUUGUCAAUGGAUUGAAACUAUUUUUGUUCUGGUGUGUUACUGUAGCAGGAAUGUUGAUCGCACUUUGUUUCUUUUUAAAUAAGCCUGCAUAUAAUACAAUCAGUUAAAGGCACGUAAUUGAUAGCUGAUAAACAUCGCUUGACAAGUGGUGGUUUUACUUGGUAAGUUCUUCAGGUACAAUUCAAGUUGCAACAACACUUCAAGCCUGCCAUUAUUCCUCACCUCUAUAGUGUCUUGAUGGAAUGGAAGAGUUCUUCAUUCCAGCGUGCCCUUUUGACACCUGGUGAUAGAAAGAACAUUGCAACAUAAGAAGAGCCCUGCUGGAUCAGCCCAAGGCUCAUAUAGUCCAUCACUCUGUUGUCACAGGGAUCAAUCAGAUCCAUGUGAGAAGCCCAGCAGCAGGAUCUGAGUGCACUAGUGAUCUCCUCACUUGCGAUUUCUAGCCUGGUAGAUAGAUAGAUAGAUAGAUAGAUAGAUAGAUAGAUAGAUAGAUAGAUAUUACCAUACUGCCUCCAACAGCAAAAGCAGAACAUAGCCUUCAUGACUAGUAGCCAUCAAUAGCUGUAUCCUCCCCAAAUUUGUCAUAUCCAGCAAGACUUUCUACUCAGUUAAAACUGAUUCAAAUGUGUUUUCCUGUUUGAAUAUCAAACCAUUCUGACAUUAUGAAUUCUAGAAAGUUCAGUUUAUCUACUUACACCUUUACUCAUGAAUUUGACUAUUUUGUAUUGAAGACAAAGUAAGAAAAGACCAUGCCAAACCCAUUCCUCAGUUUCAGUACUGCACUUUGUUUAGUUUUGGGGUUUUAACAGGAAGUAAACAAAUUGUGGACAAUCAUACCUCGAGUUGAAUGUGCUUUGGGUUGAGCGCGUUCGAGUUGCGCUCCGUGGCAAUCCAGAAGUAACGGAGUGCGUUACUUUCGGGUUUUGCCGCUUGUGCAUGUGCAGACACUUAAAAUGACGUCAUGCGUGGUAGAGCCAAAACACGACCAUUCCCAAAGGAUGCAGGAAAGAUGAUCAAGCCCUAUAAUUUGAUACUGGGCACUGAGGAACCAUAACACAACUUGGUAUGUAUGUUAACAUAUAAUUCUCCAUUUGCAACAUGACUCCCAGCUUGACCCCUGCACCCAUUUUAAACGGGCAAGAAAAGCUACAAUUCACUGUAAUACAAUGUCUUCCUUGAGAGGUCACAGUGGAACUCGGCAUAUAUAUUUAUGACACACUGCUCUGAUUAACCUCCAACUCCACACUCAUGCCCAACGGGCAAAAGUAAGAUGCAAAACGGAAUGUGAAUUGAGCCUUCCCAAACUGUUCGCUUACCUCGAGUGAUGUGUGCCUGCUUGUGCAACUGUACUUACAGUUUCUUUAAUCUCCCCCUGAAGCCCCCUGCACCCUCCAAUCUGUUCCAGAGGUUCCCUCAAUAUUCCAGAGCAGAUUUUGAGGUGGGGGGGACAGACGAAGGAGAAGCCCCAUGGUAUGAGCAAAUGCCCACUUCUAUUACGUUGGACCAUAUCCCAUGUCUUUAUCAUACCCUUCCUCCAAGGAGCUCAUUGGAUAUGAACUCUUCUACCCAAUUGCAGAUGGUGUUGCAUAAAGCGCUUCUGAAAAUAAGAUGGAUAUAGGGAACAAGUUGCUCUCUUGGUGUAGAGUGCUUAAGGUAUUUGAUUUUUAAUAUAUUGGUUCAUACCAGUAUAUUAAAUUGAGUAAGAAACUGAGCUUGUACUGCAUUUUGGGUCUUCUUGAGAUAUAUAUUUGUAACAGAACUAUACAGGUUAGUAUUUUUUUUUUUGGAAGUACGUUAAUGUGCAAUAAUAAUUCUCUCUCCUCCUCCAGCCUCUAAGUAGAAGUUUGAAUGCUGAUGUUCCAGAGCAACUUAUAACACCAUUAGUUUCUUUGGGUCACAUUUCCAUGUUGGCACCAGACCAGUUUGCAUCACCAAUGAAAUCCGUAGUUGCAAAUUUCAUUGUAAAAGAUCUCCUGAUGAAUGACAGGGUAAGGCUCAGAGAGAUAUAAUGACUUUAUGGUGAGAAUGAAGAAUGUUAUGUAAAUAUCUGAUGCUAUAUAAGCUUGCAAGAUGAAGGCAAAAUAUAUUAAAAUUCUUUAAAAAAUUCUUUUGUGCAUUUUUAAAAAUUGCUAUCAAUCAUGCAUAAAUCUUUGCAGUCUACAGGUGAGAAAAAUGGGAAAUUGUGGUCCCCAGAUGAAGAGGUUUCUCCAGAAGUUCUAGCAAAGGUACAUUAGUUUCUUACCUUUAAUUGUAAGGCAUAGCAAUUUCUCACAAAAAUGUACAACAGUAUUAAAUCUAUUUGUCAAUAUAAACAUAAACAGUAUAGCUUGGCCUUUGUAACGUAUCGGCCUUCAAAGAAAUUCAGUUUCUGUAUGUCUGGUCGUACAAGUACGUUGCUCUUUAUUUGCUGAUAAAGGGUUGUUUCAUUAAAUGCUCUUCGAAGUUGGUGUAAUUAAUUUGUUACAAAUGCCUACUUAAUCUCUGUUCAGCUAAUACACAUGAAAUGAUGUGAUAUUUGCUUCUUGCCUUAUAAUGAAAUAGCUUUUUAAAAAUUUCUUAGUUACUUUUAUGUUAUGUAAAUGAAAAUGGAACAAGGUAAGUAAAUGAAUAAAUGCUUAGAAUCUAGACAACCAUCUCCUAAAACUGAAGUUAGAAGGCUUUACGGUCUUAAAAAUGGAAUUACCUGUCUUAAGUAACAAGUUCACAUUUUUUCAGUUGUUUCUACAGUACAUGAAUACAUACAUUCAAAUAUAUGAUAAAGCAAAUUGAAAGAAAAUGUGAGAAGCAUGUUGCAAAAGUAUUAAUCUUCCUUUUUUCCAAUCCGGUUUUUGUGUUAUGUCUUGGCACAGGAAUCACCAACUCAGUGCCAUUGGGCACCAAGUUAGAGACCCUUGUGUAUGGGGUCGGGAGGGAUUUUUAAAAAUUGCAAGUGCUUCCUUCACCCUUGGUGGGGCAUUUCUGAAUGUGUGGGUGCACAAGUAUGCUGUGCAUGUGUGAUAGAGAGAGAUGCACUUGGCUGGGGGAGUGAGAUGUGGGAGGGAGGGAAGGGAUGGGUUUAUGUGUAGCCUUAGAUAUUUGUGGUGUGCAUGUGUGAGAGGGAGGGAUAUAUUCAUCUGUGGUUUGUAUGUUGUGGUCUGAGAAAGAGAGAGGGAGAUACGCUUGGCAGAGAUGCAUGUGUUCCUGUGGUCUGUAGGUGUGUAUGCUGAGUUUGAAAGAAUAAAUGAGUGGUGUAGCCACCUUGUAUUUUCCCCCUGAUACUCAGGCUCCCUGCUGUUACUAGUCAGCAACAGGAUCAUUGUCUAUGUGUGUGGAAAAUAUUGUGUCACCUCCAGAGUCAGAACCAGGAAGACAUAGCUGACAUCCCACAGCAAGCAUGAGCUUGUCCGAGUGGGAUGAGGGAAGUAGCAGUGACCAUACUCUCUCGAAUUUUUUUUUUAUGCCAUAGCAGCUGUGUUGUGUUCUGACUUAACGGCAGCUGUUUUGUGACUGGCACCCAGCGUGUUUUCUCAAAAUUAGAAUUGGGCCCACUGGUCCAGAAAGGUUGGUGACCCUUGUUUAACAUGAAAUUCACACAGGUUUUUUCUAUUCUGAAAUUGAAUGUGAAUACAAUUUUCAGUCAUUAUAUUUCAAUAGAGGAAGCUCUCAGAUCGUAGGCGGUGAACUAAAAUAUACUUAGUAAUGCUGUUAGAAGUAUCAGUGACUUGAUUUUAUCUGCUAAUAGGUUCAAGCAAUUAAACUUCUAGUACGUUGGCUUUUGGGUAUGAAGAAUAACCAGUCAAAAUCUGCAAAUUCAACACUCCGGUUACUAUCAGCUAUGUUGGUCAGUGAAGGAGACUUGACAGAACAGAAGAGAAUUAGGUAAGACUUCCCCCAGAUUUUCACUGAUAACAGUUGAUAUUUAUGUCCCGAUCCAUCAAGUUGCUUAGAAGCAAGAACUGUGUAUAUAGAAUUUAUUGCGGUGGAUGAUGAAGCCACUGGAUUGGGUAAUUCCCUCAUCACGUGAUGGAGGCAAGAGCACAGAAUUGUGGUAGGCAGGCUUAAAUUAGUUUUUCAGACUCGCCAAGCAGCAAUAAUCAAUGUACAUACCUAGAAAAGAAAUCUGAACAUACCUGCCUACCUCCCCCUGGCUGAUGACAUGCCCCCGAAAUAAAUAAUGUAACUCCUUAAACAGAGGAACAAAGGGAACCCUUAAAUAAAGCCUUGGCGGUAGUCUGAAAUUAGCACAACUGCAGACUACAGCAGGGAGGGUUUCAGUGUCUUCAUCGUCCACCUUAUAAAUCUACUCUUCAGUUAAGACCAAUUGUUCUUUCCCUUAUUAGAUCUGAAAGAGUGGACACAAAACAUUUAUUUUGUUUGUUUGUUUGUUUUAAACAUUUUCUAGUGUUCCAGACAUACAAAUAAACGUACAUAUAGUGUUUCCAUUUUAAAUUCAUGGAGUAUUUUUUCACAUUUCGUUUACAUUCUGGAUGAGUCACUUGUCCUAUGCAUUGUGCAGUUGGGGGAUGAGAGAGAGCUGGGGGGUAAUGAUCUUUGGUUCUAUUGCAUAGUGUUUGUGCAGGGGUUUUGUGUCAGCAUCACAUGGGUAGGUCCUUUAUUUAUAUACUUAUUUAUUUUUGUGGGCAGCUACAGCUCACAGUGUUUUGGGAUGAGUUUUCUCAUCUAUGUUGCAGUGUGUGUAAAAUUUACAUGGUAAUGUUUACAGCAUGGUGACCAGGAAGUUAGUUACUCAGCUAGAAGUCAUGACAUUUCCAUGAAAUUCUAGAAGUUUCAUACUGCUUAUGCAUCUUUAGACACAAGGUUGUCUUCUGAGAGGCAGGAAUGAUUGUCUUCUCUUAUAUGCAGCAAAUCUGAUAUGUCCCGUCUACGUCUGGCUGCUGGCAGUGCCAUAAUGAAGCUUGCACAGGAGCCCUGUUAUCAUGAAAUUAUUACCCCAGAGCAAUUCCAGCUCUGUGCAUUGGUCAUUAACGUAAGUAAUUGUCUUUGAAGAGCUGUGAGAGGAACAGUUAAUUAAGGUAGGGCACAUUCCCUAUCAUAAAGCUACUGUUUAGUCUAAGCUUACUUGUCUUUCUUUCCUUAAACCAGAGCUUUCCAAAAUGUGUGUCAUGACACAUUAGUGUGUCGGCUGCAGUGUGUCACCUUAGUUUAACUUCCAUUUGCUAGUAAAACUGAAUUACUGUGUUGUGAAAUGAGGCAUGUCUAAAAAGUGUGUCACCAACGUGAAAAGUUUGGAAAGCUUUGCCUUAAGCUUUGCAGAUACUGCACUGUCUGCAAGCAUAUUUUACUGUUUCACAGAAUUGUUUCUGUUGACACCCAUAUGGUUUGCUUAGUUGCUCAGUUGCACUUGUCCCGUUUUUCCCCCUCUCUUGCAGGAUGAAUGUUACCAGGUGAGGCAGAUAUUUGCACAGAAGCUGCAUAAAGCACUGGUAAAAUUACUGCUCCCAUUGGAGUACAUGGCAAUAUUUGCAUUGUGUGCCAAAGACCCCGUAAAAGAAAGGAGAGCACAUGCAAGACAGUGCUUACUUAAAAAUAUAAGUAUACGGCGAGAGUACAUUAAACAGAACCCCAUGGCCAAUGGUUAGUAAAUUUGCUUGCAACUAAAAUUGUAUCUUGUGGCAUUUCUAUUUCAAAUUCUGUUUUUUUGGUUGUGGUUGAAGAAUAUAGUAGUUGUGUUCAUAUAUGCUCUGAGAGUUCAUUCCUUAAAUCUUCCAAUAAUCACACAAUUGAAUUAGCUUCACAAUGUUUUUGUAAAAUGUGUUACAGCUAUAUUGCUUACUUGCAUAAUAGAAAAUUAGAAAAAUCUCUGGUGUUGGCUAUGUGUCUUUACAUUAUGCUUAGAACAUGUUUGUAUUAUGUUAUUCCAGAAAAGCUGCUAUCCCUGCUGCCUGAAUAUGUGGUACCAUACAUGAUUCACUUGCUGGCCCAUGAUCCAGAUUUUACAAAACCUCAAGAUGUUGAUCAGCUUCGUGAUAUCAAAGAGUAUGUGUCAUUCUGUAUUGGAUAUUUGAGAAAUGGUAAUUUAGAUGUUGAUUAGAUACACCCCCCAAACUUUCAUUUCGCAGUUCUAACAAAGAGAACAAUUCCCAUUUUUUACUGUAAACUUCACAAUUGUUACUAUUUGUUACAUUUGUAUAUCACCCUUCAUCUGAAGAUCAUAGGGCAGUUCACAACACAAAUUUAGGAUUUCCUCAGGAACGCUUAAGAACAUUCGUUUUGGUGGCUCUUCUUCACACAGUGCAUUUUGUUAAAUCCAUAUAUGCUACUCCUCUAAGUUGCUCAGAAUGCUGUUUAGGUAUUAUUCAAAGGCAGUCUGCCAUCCAGGCAGCUUACUGGACCAGACCUGCCUGUUUUCCACAGUAGAUAGAACUGCGUCAUGUGUCCUCAAUGCAUUCUGAAGAAAGUGUUAGCACCUGAAAAAUUAUAUUACAGCAGGCUUGAGCACACUGUUGUUGCUGGAUGGAGACUGGUUUCCAUUAUGGCUACCCUUUUUGGAUAAUCAUGGUUGUUAAUUGGGGGGGGGGGGGUUUCAAAUUACCAGGAUCUGCAAAUUUGAGAGGAUUCUACUUACUAAGCUUCCAGGCCAUAUUUUCCAAAGCUUCAACCCCUGCCCCCGCAUUCCUUCUCCUAGCUUUGUAGAACUUCUAAGGACUUCUUUCUGUGGCUUGCAAUUUCCUCCUUUUGCCCUAAUUUGGGUGGGUAGGGAUGGUCAAAUUUCUAGUUCAUUGUAUUGCUAAAAUCAUGCAUUGUGGGAUACCGGGACAUAAUAUUUCGAGCUGGAAGGGAGGUGUUUUCAGACUCAAGUAUGCUUUCUUUCUGGGGAAUGUUGUUAGUGGUGUUACAUGCAACUCAUAGCAUUGGGGUGUUUUGAUUUCAUUAGGUGCCUUUGGUUCAUGCUGGAAGUCUUAAUGACAAAAAACGAAAACAACAGCCAUGCCUUCAUGAAAAAGAUGACAGAAAGUAUCAGACUUACGCGGGAUGGACAGUCUCCAGAUGAGCCAAAAGCCAAUGAAGUAAGAAAUGUGGUGGAAAGAGAUUGGUUUUGAAGUCAGUUUUUGAACAAGAUGGACAGAAUGCUUCAGAGCAAGCAAUAAGCCAGAAUCUCAUUUCUCUCUAGAGAGAAUUUUAGUUGUAAGCAUUUUGUGUUAGCAAUCUCAUCUUUACAGAGAGAAAAAGUUAAUCCAGCAGAAUGUAGUCAUCGAGCAAGCAAAAUCUUGUUUUGUUUCCUUUGUUGUUCCUCCUCCUCCUCCUCUUCUUCCUUUGCCACAUUGAAUGUUUGUUUUGUGAUCACAAAAAAAGCCAACCACCACAAAAUUCCCACAGAAGGGGAAGCCCUGGAUCUCCUCUUACUUGGGGCCCUUCUCUGAGCACUUGGCACAAAUAAGAAUUCUCUCCUCCCCCAGCAGUGUGCUGAUCUGUUUCACUGGCUAGGAUAUGGUCCAGCCACAGCACAGGUGCUAAAUCAGCUACAUUGGCUAAUGUUAUGGGCCGAAUCUGGGAUCAAAUGAGAGGAGUGUCUUUCCCCCUCUAACCUGCUCAUAGGCCAUAAAGGGAGGCCUUGUUAGGGGCUUCACAUUGCAGUCUCUGAAUUUCCCACCUAAGUUUCAGUAUUUUCUUACCUUGCUAUGGGCAAAGGUUAGCCACAGUUUAACAGAGUUGGGAGGAAGCUUUUGCUGCCAGUGAGGGAGUGGUGUUGCCUCCCUCAUAUGUGUGGUUUAUUGUAGAGUUCUGUAUUUCAUGCUCAGAUGACAAGAACAGCCCAGAAGAUCAGUUCCAUGCCAUUUUGGCUUGAGAUUCCUGCUAGCCUCUCCAGUGUUCUUUCAGCAUGUGGGUUGAGUGGUGGUAUCUGUCAGGGAACUGCCAUCAGUGCCGGAGGGAGAGAGCAAAAGCCAGAGGGAUUCCAGAGAGCGUCCAGGGAUCGGGAGAAGCAGCCCAUCUUCUGGGGAAGAGAAUCAGCGUAGCACCAGUGGAGAAGGGGGGCAGAUGGGGAAGCGGCGAGGCGGUCCCAUGACUCCUUGCCUGGGACCAGCGGGGAGAGUAGGGGUCCUCCGUUGCCCACGCCCUCCUUGCGCAGAAGGCUUUCGCGCAGAGAGAGUAGGAGGAGACUAGGCGUCAAAGAGCUUCUUUGCUGGAAGAAGUUUAAGAAACGCCCACUGACGGAUUCUGCCAGCGAUUGAGUCAGCCACGGGUGAGUGGCUGUCCGGACAGAAAAGGUUCACUUUGGCAACCCAGCCAGGUGUUUGCACCCAGCCGGGGAGAUAGGCACCGGCUUACGCACGAGCAACCCCUAGAACCAUUACAGUAUCAAUCACCAUUUGGACUGUUGGAUGGAUCCUUGCCCCUCACCACACCAAAUUCUGCUAGCUGUAAUUAAAUAUGGACAGAUCGAGUCUAAACCAGUCUGUAUCAAUGUUGCAUAUGUUUAUUCAUAAGUCCGUCCUGUCCCACUUCCAUGUUUAUCUGAAAAUCAACACGAAAAAUUUAUAUUUAAACAUGGAUUUCAUUACAUAUCUUCUUAUAAAAUACCAGUUCAUCUCUAUGUACUCAUUUCUAAGCAUAUAUUACCUGAAAUACUCAUUGUUAAUAUAUUUUGGUAGGGGUAUUUUGAGCAAAGAGCUGUCACAGAAUUUGGAGAAGUGCAAAAUUCAAAGGAUAAUUAUGUGCCGAUCUGCACGUUAGUUCAGGAGGUGUGGAUUGGAUCGCAGAAAUCACAUUUCUCAAAUAUAACUAGCUGUAAUCAAUUUAUGUUACAACCUUUUUUUAAAAAAACCAUUUCAGUCUCUGUAGUUCUUACUUCUCCUCUUACCGUGUGUGGGGGGGGACUAGUUUAUUGAAACAAUAAGAAGCUAGGAAUUGUAUUCAGCUAACCUCUUCAUCAUAUUCUUCAAUUUCAGUAGCUCUGCUCUGAGUAGGACUAGCUGUUACAGCAAGCUACUUAAACCUUAGUCCUGUGUGUUUGUAAAAUUUAGAAAAAGCUUGCUUCAUUUUGUUCAAAAGUAUAGUGUAGAAAAUUAGGCAGGAUUUGCAGUGGGAGAUAAUAUGUCUACGGGGAAUCCCAUUUUUUUAAAAAAAGCAUAAAAUAAGUGUGUAAUGUAAUUGGCAUACUGAUUUCUAUAUGUUAUAGUUACAUUUGUUUUAAGUUGUAAAGUGAUUUCUAAAGUCCUUUUACAAUUCCUCCCCUCCCACAGAAACUCUAUACUGUAUGUGAUGUGGCCCUGUGUGUAAUCAACAGCAAAAGUGCUUUAUGUAAUGCGGAGUCUCCAAAGGAUCCUGUAUUGCCAACCAAAUUUUUUACGCAACCUGAAAAGGUAAUUUUAUAGAACAAACAAAUCUUUUUGUGUUCUCUUCUACUUAAGCGUACCUUCGAAUAUGGGAACUUUGUUCUUGAUUGUAUUUUCUAAAUUACCUAUUUAGAUAAUUAUCUAACUAUUGCCAUGUUCUCUUCCUCUCCAGUGAAACAAAAUUGCUCUUAAAACUUAUUUGUGGUCGUAUUUUUUGGACAUUCAGCAAUAUUGAAUCCGGCAUUACUAGAUUAUAGUGAAAGUGCCAAGCUAAAGAAAUUAAAUCUACAGAUGUCUAUAAUAUGCAAAAUCAGUAGCACUUUUAAUAGCACUCUCCUAACGGGACAAAAGUUUACUCUGUUUAGCUUAGUGCAUAUUCCUUAAUUAUGCUUUAGGACCUUCCAUUAGUGAGCCACUGUUGAACAUUGAGCUCACUGCCUAGUUUUCUGAUUUAGCUUUUAUAGAGGAGUUUAGAUCCUGUUAUUAUAGUGAUUACAUGCACCUCAGGUUGGCUAGCAGCAAUUGAAACCAAUACGUAAUGUAUUAAGGUGUUAUCCAAUUUUAAUCAUCCUUGGAUAGACCCAUUUAAUCCAUUUAUUUUAGUGAGUCUUCUCUGAGUAUGACCAUUGAAUAUGGAAUGUUCCAUAGAAUAACAAUACAAAACAGAGGUUCCGCAGAUAAUUUUCUUUCCAAAAUUCCAGUUUUAACUUAAAUGACAAAACAAAACCCUGCUGGACAAGACAGGUUUUUUCCUCUCUGUUGAAACAUAGUGGAAAAGGCCUCUAAAUGCUCCUCUGCUUGAAAUGCAAUUCACUGUGUAAUCCCACCAGUACUCUGGGCUCAAAAAACAGGUCUCACACUUCUUGGGUUGUGGUCCUGUUUUAUGAACAAAGUUUACUUGGGGGAGGAGCUAUUUUGAAUAAGGGUAGGGAACAUUUGGUCCACCAGAUGUUAGGACUCCAAUGUCCAUCAGCCCCAGCCAACGUGGUCAGUGGCCAGGAUGAUGGGACUUGUGGUUCAGCAUCAACUGGAGAACCAAACGUUCCUCACCUCUGAUUUAGAAGCACUUGUUCUUGAAAACUGGAAAGCAUUUCAGAAUCGCUGCUCCCUGUCAAAUUACAUAAUCUAUCAUGAAAAUACUAAAUAACUUCUCUUUUUCUCUCCCCCCCCAAAGGAUUUUUGCAAUGAAAGGAAUUAUAUUUCGGAAGAGAUGAGAGUUCUUCUCUUAACCGGAAAGGUGUUGUUUCUGCUUUUUUUUAUUUGACACGUUGUAUAAACAAUGAACCCUUUCAGUUUCUGAGAAAUGAUAAAAUUGUAUACAUGACUAACUCAGUGCAACCCAUUUAGGCUGUAUUUAUUUGAGUCUAAAUCCCAUUGAAUUCUGUAGGACUUUUUCAGAGUGCAGAGGACAACACUGUUAAAUUACUUACAGGUAUACCUAAAGCGUCUUAGCCCCUUUGAUUUCAGAGCUAAUUUGUCGGUUGUGGGUCAGCUUCACUAAGAUAAAACAAGAACUUUUAUUUUUAUAUAAAGGGUGUAAGGAUUUUGUAUUGAUUAUGGGCUAGAGAAAGUUCAGGAAUUUUCACUGGGUUAGUUGUAGCUGCAGCUAUUUAAUGAUAUCCAAUUAAUAUGUCUUAUAGAUAAAAAUGCAAGGGGCCAUUUUAUAUAUUGUAGAGAUUUUUUUUAAAAAAAUAUACAUUGUGAAUUGUGUGUUUGCAUGUAUUUCAAACUUAUUAAAUAAGCCUGCUCUUGUUCAUUUUAGCCCAAACCAACUGGUGUAUUAGGUGCUGUAAAUAAACCUUUAUCUGCAACUGGAAGGAGACCAUAUAUCCGAAGCGCAGGAUCAGAAACUGGAAGCAAUAAUAGCGUAAACUCUGAACUGAGCUCUCCUGCAGGAAACAGAUCAAGGUCUAAUACUUUUCAGCAAUAUAAUUCAGAUUUAAAAAACAUAUUAUGUUAAAGGAUUCUCUCAAUAUAGGAUUAUACUUUACUUCUCUUAAUUAUGUGGAAAAUUGCUAUUUUUCAAUUUAUGUAUUUUAUUUUUCUAAAAUUCAGAGUUUGCAAACUUUUCAGUGUCAUAAAGGAAUAUCAGAUUCUUAGAAUUCCAAGUCCUUUAAUGAACUAAGUCUGCCAAUCACUUUUUCACCUCCAUUUUGAAUUUUGAAAUGAACAUUCAUAUAUUUGGUCUCACCAUCUGCUUUCAAUUGUAUUACCUGCUAGAAUGUUUUAUGUAGUUGCAGUAUUAUAUCUAAUGAGGUUUGGGUGAAGUUCACAUUGCUAGUUGCACAUUUUUCUCAAAUUGUUAACUCUUUUACUCACACACACAAUUUUAUUGCGGUCCAUAGACCCAAAAUACACAGUACAAUAAUAGUAUAUUAAGGUGUAAAAACUCAAUCUCAAACAACAGAACAGACUGAGUGCAUAUCUAUGUUCACGUGAAUUUAAAUAUUAGGAUUAACAUUGAAAUUAAGUAUUUCAGGGUAGAAUUUAUUUAAAAUGCAUGGUUUUUUAAAUAACAUCUUCCACUUUCAACCCUGGGGAUUGCUGUAGUUAAGAAGAUAAUGAAUUUAAAAAGUUAAUGCAGGAUCACAAUCCAGCACAGAGGCAGGAGCAUAUUAAAACCUUUGCAUUAGCAUUAACCAGUUUACAAGAAAUCUUGAUCAGUUCUUUUACCAGUAAGGCUUAAAGAAGGGAAAUAGAUUUCUUUCCCUUCCAUAAUUUAACAGAAAACCAAAUUUACAUUGAUUUUUAAAAUUCUUCCAACAGAGAGCAGAGCACAGACAUAUCAGAAACUGGUGUCAGUGAAAAUGAUGAAAAUCCAGUGAGAAUUAUUUCUGUCACCCCAGCAAAAAUAGAACCUGUAAAGAACAAGGUAUGGUUGAAAUUUUUUUAAGCACGUUCUACUUAUAGGUAAUCCGACUAAAAAUUGUAUCCAGGAAUUGGUGACUAACAUUUUAAUAUAACUGUUGCAUUUUAUUUGCCAUUCCAUGAAAACAACAUCCCAGAUUGAUAACGUCAACAGUUUCCCAACAAGUCGGAAGAAGUCAGCUUAGCAGUUGAUAGCAAGAUUUUCCUUAUUUAUUCAAAUAUCCUGCUUUAAUGUUGUUGUACUAUGUUUUGGCUCCAGUUGAGCUGCUCUUGGGUAUGGUACAGAGAGAACUUUUAAAGCACAUUAAAUAAUAUUAUGCAAGGACUUGUCAUGCCGUCAUCUGAUAGUUUGUUUCAUGUCCAUAAUGUUUUAAGUUGGAUUUUAAUUUAAGUAGAAAACCUAAGCCAGUAGACACGACAUUGAGAAAUACUUCAAAGCUUGUUGUAUUUCUAUAACGAGUUUCCCAAAUGCUGCUUUAUAUUUUUGGGAAUGAGAAUUCCCCAUUGCAACAGCAUGUCCCCUUGGACUGAUUAUUUUGUGGUACUUGAAAGGUUAUUGCUGUAGCUGCCCUUGGAAACUUCUUUUGAAGCAGAUAUAACUGCCACCUGACUGUCAGGGGUUCAGUUGACAACAAACUAAGCCUUAUUUCCCCCCUCUAGGAGAUAAACUCUGAUCAGGCAACGCAAGGAAAUGUUAGCACUGAGCGUGGGAAGAAAAGAACUGCAACUGCCGCUGGAGCAGAAAAUAUUCAUCAAAAGUCAGAAGAAAAAAAAACAGAUGAAUCGGGCCAGCCUGCCCCUCCCAAACCGAGGAGAGGGCGUCCUCCCAAGUCUGAAUCUCAGGGCACCAUGGCAAAAAAUGCUGAAACGAGUAAACCAUCUGGUAGGGGGCGGAAAAGGGCAGCACCCAGCCAGGAAGGUCCAGGGAGUUUAGAGGCAAGCAAUGCCAAAGCACCAAAACAGCAAGAGGCACCGAAAAAAGCAGUACCAGCACAGAGACAGAUUGAUCUACAAAGGUAAACACAAAUACACUGCUUUCUUUCUCUGGGAAGUUGUCCUGAAUUGGCUAUAAUUUGUCAGAAAUGCCAAGUGACAUCACAGUAAAUCCUAACCAUCUCCACGGAACUUCUUUUGCACUUUCCUGCACACUGCUCCCCGCACUCUUUCCUCCCUCGUCACAUGUCUCUUGUUUAUUUGUGCCCUUUAAUUCCUCUUUACUCAGCCUUAGUCCUUCCCCACCACACACAAGAUCCAAUUGCUGAGCAAUACAUGUUUUCAAAAAAUGCAGCUAAUUCAUUUGCAUAACACAGGUUUUCUUUAACGCAGUGAUACUGUGCAUGGUUAAAAAGACAUUCCUCAAAAGAUUCCCCCCCCCAAUGCAAAUGCAGAUGAACAUCAGGGUCAAGGAGUGUGGAAGACCAAUUACCAAAAGUCUCUCUCAUUUUAAAAAGCCAGCUGACAUGGAAUAUUCAGAGGGGCAGUGGCUGCUGAUAAGUUGGCAGAUUGGCCAGCUCUUGGAGAUCUGAUCUUUCCAAAAUCCAGACCCUGGGUAGGCAAACUAAGGCCCAGGGACCAGAUCCAGCCCAAUCGCCUUCUAAAUCCUGCCCGCAACCAGUCCGGGAAUCAUUGUGUUUUUACAUGAGUAGAAUGUGCCCUUUUAUUUAAAAUGCAUCUCUGGGUUAUUUGUGGGACCUGCCUGGUGUUUUUAUAUGAGUAGGAAUGUGUGCUUUUAUUUAAAAUGCACCUCUGGGUUAUUUGUGGGGCAUAGGAAUUCGUUCAUUUCCUGCCCCCCCCAAAAAAAUAUAGUCCGGCCCCCCACAAGGUCUAAGGGACAGUGGACAGGCCCCCUGCUGAAAAGGUUUGCUGACCCCUCAUCCAGACAGUCAAACAUAUGAGCUGCUCCUGUCUCUUCUUGUUAAGAAUAGGCAACUGCUGCUGGGAUCAAGAAAUUUGAAAAUGGGCACUAAUGGAAAAACCCUUAGAUUGUUCAUGUUUAGGAAAAACUCUUGAGGUGGAUAGAUUUCAUGAAACAUGGUAUUGCUUGUUUGCAACUAGUCCUCCGGAUACACAUGGCCAACUGUGGUCAGGAACUCUGGGCUGAAUAGUACAAAUCAAACAGAAACAUUCUGUAAUAUUACUACAGACGAACUAUUAUUUCCCUUAUUGGUGGAAUCAGCUGGUUUGUUUUCCCUAAUGUUAGGUAUCAUUAUUUUUAUCCUGUAUGCUUUAUAAGAAAAAUAAAAAACACAUUUUUUUAAAAAAAGAAUGGCCAACUGGCACCCUAAAGGUGCACUCUAGUCCCCUAUGUACUCACCUGCCGUUAUGCAACUUGAUGGCUUUCUUCAACGCAAGUUGGGAGGCAGGUAAAAAAAAUCCUUGACAUCCCCAUCCAUGUGUAAACAGCAAAAUUGGCUGUGGUAGGUUUUUCUUCUUAUGUAUUAUGCAUUUUGGCUGUUGUUUACUUUGCACAAGGCAAGGCACAGACAUGUCAGAGUAAGCAGUUGAAGUGCAUGAUGGGAGAAAGUUGUUCAUAGUUGGAGCGUGAGUUAGUCUUUUGCGUGUGGCUUGGUUCACAUAAGAAUCAGUGGGGAAAGCCAGUGUAAAUGGUUUCAGAAAUCCCCUAACUAGGGAUAAUACCACCCAUCUCCAGGGUAAAGAACUUUGAGGAAGAGAAAUGCUCUUUGAGCAUGAGAAAGAAAUUGUGUCUUCCUCCAGAGUGUUUUGGCACUUUGGCUCAUCUAUUUUCUGCCUGCGGUUCCUCAAGUGUGCAGUGAGCAGUAGCUACUGCAACCUGGACCCAGUCUCGAAAAUCAGAUUCAGAAGCAAGCAGCUCUUCCAGAACACCUGAGCAACCUGGCUGCUCUCGAUUUUGUCUAUUCACCUCCUCCCUGUUACCCUCUGUGUGUGCAUGUUGCUGUGGGAUAAUAGCAGCACAGUAGGGUAGGAUUGGGACUUCUAGAAGUGGUGUGGGGCUAGAAUUUGUGUUAGGGAUAGUUUUCACUGGGAUCAGGGAUCGUGACAAGGCAAUGUGGUGUUAUAAGAACUGUGGCAUCCCCAAGGUCUCUGCACACACUGGAAGACUUGAGGGGCCGGUCGAGAUGAUUGACAAGCAUGGUGCCCAGUCAGAAUUUGUGUGCCCCUAACCAGUCUUACUGGUCCUUCAACCUGUGGUCAAUUAUAAAAUUGUUUUUAAAACUAGCUGUUGACCUGGUGAAUUAGCAGGAGUAGAGAUACCUACUUAAUUCAUAUAUGGCCUUCCUAGGGUGGUGUUUGCUGUUGGCUACUGACCAUUCCCCUGGUCAAAAGCAUCAGCAUGAAAGAAUCCUGCCCAGGAAUCCUUAGCCUUCUGAACAACUGUCCGAUGAGUUUACUUUGUUGCCCGAACCAUGGCGGUUUGUUUCUUAAAUUUCAGCCCCCUUCAAGGGCUCACAAAAGCAGUUACUGGAUGUCCAACACCAAAUGAGAGGGACCAGCUUCCUCACAUAGUCAGGAGCAGCCUGAAUCUCUCGCAGUUGUCUCUCUGGAGGUAGUAUCAAGUCCUAAUCCUACCUUCUCCCCACUCUCAUCCUCUACAUAUGUUAGAAGAUUCCUGGGAAGGGACAUGGUCAGGGUUGGUGGCCACAAAUAAUGGCUGGCUGCACAGCCUAUUUCUUAGACUGGGAGGAGUUUCAGAAGCAACCAUUGAGAUGGCAUACGGAUCUGGUGCUCAAAAAUGGUACCAAAUAUAUGCAGGCUCUUGGGUAGGCCUGCCCAACUUGUGAUCCCACCACCACCUUGUGGCCAAUCAAUGUUGUAACAUGACUACUAGACUGUCUUGAGCUUGUUGGGCCACAAAUUGGGAAUGCUUGUCCUUGGACAUGCCUAAAUUAGCUCUUUGAGAUCUUAUUGAAAACAGAGGAGAUAUUCUUUUAUGUAAGGAAUUUGAUUAGACAUCCUUUUAGAUGUAUAUACUGGUGGGGAGAAUCUGUAUCUCUGGCAUAGUUAAAACCAACUGAAGUAUACAGGCAAUAACCAUUUACGCUUGUUCAAUGCAUGCAUGAUCAUGUACACGUGCAUCACCACAACCCAGAAGUGGCCAGAAAAGGGGGCCAGGAAUGCAACCCCCAUGCAAAUCGGAUGUUGCCUGUAUUUAAUAGUAUAUAUUGUUCCAAUAUAGCUGAUAAUUGUCUAAAGCAGUAUAGAAACCAUUCAUACACAUCUGUAAAGUCCAUUGUUAUUCCUUAUGUAGACCUCUUGCCCUUUCAAAGAAGGUUAAGAGAAAUCUCAUGCUAACAAAAAUUGACUUAAGCUCCGAAAAGCAGAGCUCAUUUUGUCUCAGCUCAAAGGACAGAAGUGCAACUCCUAGUUUGAUUUAGCUAGGCUUUUACUCCCAAAUGAUAUUCCCAUUCUAACGUUUUUCAGAAGCAAGGUGCUGGGAAGUGAUGGAGAGUCAGUGUUCGAGAUAGAAUCAAGUCCUGGAUAUUCUCCAAGUGAAAUGGAUCUUUUUAAGCUUUGUGACACUGAGGAUACAGGCAGCCAGGAAGACACUGAGGAGACAGAACUAACAGAGAGUGGCUUCCUGAAGGUGCAGCAGGGAGAUUAUACAGGGCUAUGUUUGUAUAAUUAUGGGUGCUGGGAGGAGGUGGUGCUGGUCAGUCCUUGUAGAAAUGUCACUGACAUGGAUGUAGAAGAUUACACAGUACUUCUGCAUGUUUAAAAUUUAGUGGAAGUUAGGUAAUGAAAGUCAAUAAAGUGGGAGGUUGUGAAACUGCUAUAUUCCUGUCAUUCUUCCCACCUUCCUUCCUUCCUUCCUUCCUUCGACAAGAGUUUCAAUUGCUGAGCUUUUCUAGACAAAUGCUAGAGCAUCUUUAUGAUGCUCUUUACAUUAUUGCAGUGGAAUGAACUGUUGUUGCUUUAAAUUUAAAGUAAUAUCUCCCCCCCAAAUCAAUUCAUAAAAAGAUUAUCAGCCUCCUAUAAAUGCAAAUUGUCUUCAGUGGAAUUUCGACCAGACCUUUAUCAUCUAUAUCAAAGAUGAUGUAGAUUCAAACACAAUUGACAGACAUAAAUAUUCAGGUAAUGUGUUCAGUCCUGCUUACUUUCAGGUAAGUGUGCGUAGGCUAGAUGACUGAAUACCAUGUACCCAUGUAUGCUGGGUUCCAAGAUGGAACAAAGACGGGAUAUAAAUUUAAUAAAAAUAAAAAAUUAAGGCAUUUAAGAAUUGAUUUUUAAAAAAAAAGAAAUCAAAGGUGCACUUCAGAGGGGAAAGUUCACUUCGCUCGUGAAUGUUUUCCCAGUAAGUUUCAUUUUCUAAACUUUCUUCUUCUUCUCUUCAAGGUAAAAAGAAAACUUCCUUGCAAGGGGAGGAAAAGGAGGGCCAAAUGAAGGCAUGCUCCAAGCUUCUGCAAAAACCAAGAAAUUUCCUGUAUAAGGAACUGAAAAUACUCAGAUCACACCGCUUUCAGCUCUGAAAACAGAAGGAAAAUCUGCUUCCCUUUCAGAUGACAUUAUUCUGCUGAAACUCUUGAGAGAGGCUAAAAGCAUCUGUACUUAUUUUCCCAGAGACUUUUUUUAUGAAAAGUCAAUAAUUAAGCAAAUUGCUUAACACUUGAUUCCAGUUUCUGCAUAUCUGGAGUUAAAAGUGUUUUACUCCAUAAAUUUUCAUGCUGCAUUUUUUAAAAGAAAGUCAGAAUGAGAUCCUUUAAAAAUUUCAGACCUAGAAUCAGGUAUUGCCCACCCUUUUUGCAAGAAAAAAUAGAAGCUUACUGAAAUAAUUUUAAUCCAAGACACAAGGAAAAUACCUGAAUUCUCAUCUGCUUUCCUUUUGGAGACUCCUAUGUAUAAUUCUUUCCAGCUAAAUAUGAUGUACAGAUUUUGGUUCCUGCUAUGAAAAGUCACAUAGUGACAAUUUUUAUACAUGUUGCUUUCUGACUUUUUAUCUGAGUGGGAGACUAAUCACUUGAUUGAUUUGCAAGUAGACAUUUCAUCUUUUUUUAAUUUCCCUCUCCAUUUUAGUUUAAUAUAAUUUGCAAUAAAUGUACAUAUUGUUGGUUGUUUUAUAAAAACAUCACUUUUAAGUGGGUUUACUCCUGUGGUUCUGUUGGAAUAUUCUAAAUUUAAUGGAGUAAAGGCAGCCCAGCAUUUGAUUUUAUAAUGUUUGUCACCAGAUUUUUAUUAUUGAUGUAAAAUAUCAAUUUUUAAAAAUAGUUGGACUUUUGGCAGCUUUGUAAGGAACGUUGGAAAUGUUUAGGAUUGCUCUCAAUUUUAAGCAUUGCGCUGAUUGAAAGUAAGUCUGUUUUUCGUUUUUGUCUUCCUGUCCAAGCUCAUUUUUUAAUGUUUAAUUUUAGAAGACUUGCAUCAAUAUUGAUUUUCCCCCUGGCAUUGUUCAGCAUAGUGUACACUUUUAAUGUACACAUGAUCAUAUUUAAGUUUGUUGCAUAAAAUAAAUGCUUCUAGGUGUCAUAUGGUAUCAUUUUUCUCCCCAGAAAAGUAUAAUUUCUACUUUGCCUCAGUUCUGCAUGGCAUCUCUGUAUCUGUGUAGGACCAAUAAAUUUCCUGCUGCCUAAGCGCUGAUGUCAACACAUAAGAUUUUGACACUUUGGGAAAGUGUGUGUUCUCCAGUGGACCAGAUAGUAGUGUAAAAUACUUACGCCCUGGAUUUCAUAGAUUAAAAGAACAAAAUAGGAAGCAAACAGCUAAUCAAACAUCGCUCCAUAAGGAAUAGAAAGAUUUUGCAUUUUCAACAGAACCUCUGGUCAUAGUUUUCACAGCAAGAUGACGUGUAUUCUGGAGUGUUCAGAAAGCAAAGAGCAUUCCAGUAUUGCACACAACACCUCUAAGAAACCUAAAAUAGGUUUCAGGGAGACAAGAGAAGCUGCAGAUGGUAUAAUGCAAAAUACAUUUACUAAGGUAUGUAGCCAAGGAGAUUUCCCAAGUCUGUUUGAGGGGAAUUGUAGUUUUUGAUCUGCUGAAUCAAAAUCUGCCUGUACUGUAAGGUCUUAGAAUACAAUUUCUUGAAAUUCUGAAUUUUGCAUUUUGUCACCUUUAGUGCUGAUCAGAGGAAUGUAGCAAGUAUCUCUACACCAGUGUUUAAUUUGGGACAGAGGCUAUGAAGAUAGUCAUUAGUGAAUGUGUUCUUGCAAGACAUGUCCUGUACUUGAAGGGGUUUGUACCAUCAUCAGGUGGGCUUUUUUAAAUGAUGGAUUACAUCUAGGAGAUGCUAGAGGUCACUGAAACGUUAGCGUUCUAUAUUAAAUUUUGAGUUUAAGAGCUUAUCAUGGGUGAUCAAUCCAAACCUGCCUUCUGUAAUCCCAUGCCCUCCAGAAGUUUUAGGGUAUAACUCCCAUCAACCCCUGCUAGCCAAUUGUUAGGAAUUAUGGGAGUUAUAGUCCAAAGCAUUGGAGGGCAGCAGGUUUGGCAAACGUGAUCUGAGCUAUCUUAAUACCCCAGUGCAGAUGCAGAGGAAAGAACUUCAGAGCUACCUAAAUAUACUAUAGUGUUUCUUAAUCUGUCAGGAUGCUACCAGUCCAGUGUGUGUAGAUCUAAGUCUACCACCAUUUGAUUAACCAAUUUUACUUUCUUCCAGAUGUCAUGGACCACCGCCAGGUGUGCUCCAUGGCGAUUUCCCUAUGUACAGGAGAGACCUAAGGACACUUCCAGCAAGGGUCUGGAGUCUGCCUUGAAAAACAGCUUGAGGGUUUUGUGUGGAUGGCCAACUGUCAUGGAUGCUUUAGUUGAGUCAUGCAUUGCAGGUGUUGGACUCAGGACUCCAGGUGGGAUCUGACCAGGGUAGAAAAGAGCAAGACCAUCACUUCCCUUAUCAACUUCUGUUGAUGCAGCCUAGAAUAGCAUUAGCUUUUUCUGUUGUUGCAUCACUCUGUUGACUCAUGUUAAGCUAGUGGUUCACCAAGACCUCUGGAACCUUUUCACAUGUACUGAGUGUUCUACCAGGACUCGACUGAGCAUUAUUCCUUUCAGAAAGUUCAUUCUGAAAAUGCACUUGUGGGCAGCAGCAGCAGGGCGGGGCAGGGCCAGCUGUGUCUGCAAGGAGGAUCUAUAAGCUUGGAGCGUGAUCCUCUAACCCAGACCCAUUUUAGUUGAAGAGAUGGUGCUUUAUGCUUGGUCUCCUCUCUUACAGCGAAAGUUAAAUUGAUAUUCUGCAUGGCAUAGCUGGUGGCGCUUCUAUUCUUCUUCUGCUAUCGUACUCACAGAUGGGUUAGAUGGGAGAAAAUCGUCCAUUUCUCCUUCCAAAAUUUCAGGCGGUUUCCUUGGGGGAAGACCUAGAGAUACGGUGGCUGUAUGCAUGUGCUGCUAUUGCAUUUUGAACUUUGUGCCAAGUAACUCAAGGAAGGCACAGCUCAUCAGUACGUGAUGGGGCUUUUUGCUACCCUGGGCUGCUUUGGGAGGAAGAGUGAGAGAGAUAUUUGAAAAAGAUACCUGCAGGCAGCCAUGUGAGCGACCAUAGAGUUCUGUGCAUCCUAGACUUAACUUUUUUGCCUCCGCCGAUGCUGCCUCUUGGCAAAACUUAUCAGAAUGUUCAAUCAGUUGUGAUUCAGUUGCUCCCAAGAAGCCAACCUAGUAUUGUUCCUCAGUGCCCCAAAGGAUCCAGCAUGCCCCGUUUAUUUACAACAGCAACUUUAACAUAAACCUAAAGAUUAAGGAGAAUAUUCUGUCCCCACCCCCAAGUGUUUCGGCACAUCUGCCUCAGCAAUAGGCACAUGGAGAAGGGGUAGUUUAGCGCUGCCAGGAUAUUAAGGAUUAUUGUGGAUUAGGAAAUGGUUUUGUGUGUGUUACCCAAGGCUCAGCAUACUGGCCACAAUAUAGAAGGUUCUGUAUCUUUUUUGGAGAAGAACGCCUCCUCUGCAGCAGAAAAAUGCAAGUUAGGCUGGUAGAAGUAAUCUCACAAGAUCCAAUAUGCCUUCCCCUGAGCAGAUUCCCAGUAAGAAAAUUCCUAGGUUUUUGGCCACAAAGGCAACAAGUAGUGAGAACAAAAGAGUUUACUAAUGGUGCAAGGAACACUCAAGUAGCAACGCCUCAGCCACCCGUUCAUUUAAAAAAGAUUUUAACAAAGCAUAAACACAACUGGUUGAUUUGCACACAUACCAAUGUCUGCUCCAUAAAAUCCAACUUGCUGGUCUACGGGUCAUCACUCUUGUAACGUAAUGAAACCAUUAUAUCACACUUAAGUAGUGGUGCAUCAUCUCCUGUUCUGGAGAGAUUUAUUACCACAAAGUAAAAUGGAAAGCAUUUUCAGGGAAACAUGCAUUUAUUGUUAAGCAUUUGCAGUGGAAAUCAACAUUUUUAAAGUGUAUUUAUUAUUAUUUUUUUAGAAAAAUGGCAUACAAAAGUGUUGCGUGGCUUUUAUUCUCAAGAGACGCAAACACCAACGUUGCAUUGCAGCCCGCUCACUCACAAUGAAAUGUCCAGUUGAAAGCUUCCUACAAAUAGCCUUUGUCAUCUUGGUUGGGAAGAAAAACCAAACCAAAAAAACCACCCACCCCCACAACAUAAAUUGAAAUGGAAAACGGCAACAGGUCAGCAAGGAUCUUUGACAGUACCACUUUUCUGAAAGGGGAGGCCCUCUCUAAAAAUCAAUGUAAAGCACCACAAUGCAAAUUUUAUUAAUGGACUCCUAUAGUACUGUUGGGUUUUGUUGGCAUGAUUCUGAAUGGUCAUUUCAAACUAGUAGAUUCUUCCCAUCGCAGAGGGACUAACCAGAAAGCAGCACUGUCAUACAAUACACAGCUUGCAAGCUUUCAUCCUUUAGGGAAUGGAGUCACGAGUUUAUCACAG